ACUUCCGGGGCGGCUCGAGGACGCGACGGAAGCGGCGAAGGAGCUUGGUCACGGGCUAGCAGGGCAGGCAGCGCCGGUCUCGGAAGGUCUUCCCCCUCACCCCUUUCGCCCGCCGUUUCCCGGUUCCCUCAGCGGAGACGCCGGCGGGGGACACGCGACGCCAUGAUCACCUCGGCCGGUGAGGGAGCGCGCAUGCGCGGCGCCGGGAGGAAACAAGAACCCCCCCCCCGCCCCGGCCGCUUCUUUUCAGCUGAGUCAGGCAGGGCCCGAAGCCGCUUCCCGGGAGCCCCGGCCCAGCCCGAGGGGCCACUGCCCGGCUCCUCAUCCCGCUCCUCUUCCUCUUGCCCGCUGCCCUUAGAACCCUAGAACCGCAGGCCCGGAAGGGACCCCCGGAGGUCAUCUAGCCUGACCCCCUGCCACGCGGGAGUCUCCUUUGGGAGCGGCCUGUCCCCCUCUGCCUCGCCGCCUUCCUGUCAUGACUUGUCGCUCGCGGGCUUCUCGUGAAGCUGAGCGUCGGGAGCUUCAGGGCGGAGGGAGGUUCCUGCGCGUAGUCGACCGGGGGAACUCACCGCCGCAGGAAGGAGGCGGCGGCGGCCAGCGAUUCACGGGGGAGGGGAGAGAGCUGUCCGUGGCUAAUGGGUCGGAUGGCUAUGCUCUGCCUCCGCAGACAAAAGCAGAAACGGUGGAGAGUUGCUCUUUCGCUCAGGCCCUGCUUGCGGGUUUCCCACACUGGGCAUCUGGUCUGCCGCUGUGAGAGCGGGACGCUGGACUGAAUGGGCCAUGGGCCUGAUCCUGCAGCAGGGCCCUUCCUAUGUGGACAACUUAUGGUCUGUGUGUGUGGUUUGGGAGCUGCAAGGCCAGGGAGAAAACAAUGCUGUCCAGGGUUGUAAAGACUGCGGAGAGAAUAAUUGGGUGCACUCUUUCCACCUUAGAUCAAAUCUAUGCUUCCAGGUGCAGAGAUAGCGCAGGAUAGUGCGCACCCCGGAAAUGAUCUCUUUCAGCUUCUGCCUUCUGGAAGAAGGUAUAGGGUUAUAAAGACCAGGACUAGCCGCCUGAGAAACAGAGUCUACGCAAAUGCAAUUCUGGUUCUAAAUGCAGCAUAAGGAGUCUCUAUGGUAUAUUGUAUUUUAAAAUGGGGUUUCAGAGAUUUUAGGGGGUUUUGAAUGUUUUCUGUAGAUUUUCAAUUUCAUUGCUCUGUAUGGGACAAUGACAAUAAAGAUAUUGUAUAUCGCAUAUCUGUUGUGCCAGAGUCACUGCCCCUGUUCUUUUAUUGGGGGUGAAUGUUGGGUGCCUUACAAAAUGUACCAUAUUUUUCGCUCUAUAAGACGCACCAGACCACAAGACGCACCUAGUUUUUGGAAGAGGAAAACAAGAAAAAAAAUAUUCUGAAUCCCAGAAGCCAGAACAGCAAGAGGGAUCACUGCGCAGUGAAAGCAGCGAUCCCUCUUGCUGUUCUGGCUUCUGGGAUAGCCGCACAGCCUGCAUUCGCUCCAUAAGACGCACACACAUUUCCCCUUACUUUUUAGGAGGGAAAAACAGAGUCUUAUAGAGCAAAAAAUAUGGUAUAUUUUUAAGCAACAACAGAAAUUGGGCAUGUUGACACACAUGGCAGCCUUAUUCAGGUGUUUCAGGACCCUGGAAGUUAAAACGUCUUUGAGUUCUAGGCUAUGCACUAGGUGGUAAUAUGUGUAGUCAAGACUCCAGUGGGUGCCUCUGGGCAAAACAGCUGUUGGGGCAGUGGGGCAGUGGUUGGCGUGUCAGGCUAGACUGUGGGAGACCCGUGUUUAAAAUGGCUCAGCCACAAAGUGCAUUGGGUGAUGCUUGGUUGCUAUCAUUCAGCUCAGCCUACCUCGUAGGGUGGUUGUGAGGAUAAAAUGGGUGAGGUGCUUAAUUUCCACACUGUAAAUUUCCAGAGGUGAGUGAGGGUCCAAAUACAUUGGUAUUUGUGCUGUUGGUAUGUGUGCUGUAGUUGUGAGUAGUUGAGUGCAGGACCGUUGUGUCUUGACUGUGCAUGUGCACGUAAACAUGCAUGUGGACAUAAAACAGGUCUUGCAGGUGUCAAAAUGCCUCUGUUUUCAACUGUGAAAAGUUCUAAGGAAUGAUUUUAUAUGGAGAGGGGUGUGGGGAAAGAGACAUUUCUGAAAAAGAAGUGUAGAAGGCAACAUGAGGCGGCUUCUCUCACACUUUCUAAAUGUUAGCCAUGACUGGAGUAGUGUCUGCCAGGCACUGAUUGUGUUCAGAAAGAGCUCCUAGAGAUGGGUAGUGGAAUGUAGAGACACUGGCCCUCUUGUUUUGAAUCUCACCCUUAUUUUUUAAAUUGUCUCUAAGGAUUGGGGGAAAGGGGUAAUUAAUUGCUAAAGGGGAUUUUUGUUUGUUUUUUAAGAAAAUCUCUGUAGAUGAUGAACCACAGAGGAACAGUGGAUGGGGAGAGGUGGCCAUCAGUUUCUGCUUUUGCCAUACAUUUUCAUAUCCUACUAUCCAAUUUUUCUCUGUUGCUCUCUGAGGGAACACUUAGAACUCUAAGUGGUCAGAACUCAGCUUAUUUGGGACUAUAUUUUUGAUGUGCAUUGUGGAAUAUGCAGUAAGGCUCUGGGGGGAAAAGGAAGAGGGGUUUGCAUUUAACCGUAUUUGCUUCCCUCUCCUGUUAUUGAUUUUACUGUAUUUGUUUGGAGCCGUACAGUGAAUGACUGCCAAACAGGUUUUCAGACUUCACCCAUAGAACUUACUAGCCCUCUUGUUCAUAUGCCCUGAUGCUAGCUGCUUGUGUAGGAAGGAAAACGCAAAACAUGCAAGUUUUGUACUGCUGUUUUGCUUGGUUGCAAUUCUUUCUUGCCACAGGGCGGAGCUAUUUACAACACUUUGCCAAUAGUUGAAAUGUCUUUAGUCAUUCGUGUUGCCCAUGAGAAGCAGCCCCACAUAGCAGCCUCAAGGCUCUUGCUUACUUUCCACAUUGGGAAAUUAUUGUUGCAAGACAUGUGGUUAGAUGGCAAUAAAUAGAAGUGGAAAUACAGCCCCCCCGCCAGAUUGCCUCUUAUGCAAGUGCCGUUGAAAUGUCCUCUUUGACACCCUAAAACUAGGUUCAGUGUGGCUUACUCUUAUUUAAAUGUGCAUAGGAUGGCAGUCAUAAGUCCAGUGUGCUUUAUGCAGGAGUAGUUUUUAAGACACAAAUGCCCUUAAUUAUUAAAAGGUGUUUGUGUUUACCAAAAUGGGUUGUGUGAUGUAGAAUCUGCAGUGACAGUUCUGCAUUGAUUUCUGUGAUGACUAACAUGACCUUUCUUUUGUAGCUGGAAUUAUUUCACUGCUUGAUGAGGAAGAGCCAGAACUUAAGGUAAGUGUGUAAGGUUUUGUUUUUACACACUUGUUCAUACAGGUAUCUGGGUCAAGGAUUAUCCUUUUAUCCUGUUUUUCAGGAAAAGCAAUUGAGAAAGUGUUAGGUAAGAGCCAUUUUUGCAUCCGUUCCAUUCUGGAGAUGGUAAAACAGAGAAUGGGAGGAGCACAUACAGUCAUACCUUGGAUCCCAAACGUCUUGGUACUCAGACGUUUUGGCUCCUGAACCCCGCAAACCCGGAAGUGAGUGUUCGCUUUGCGAAUGUCCAACAGGGCUUCCGCAGCUUAUGAUUGGCUGCAGGAGCUUCCUGCAGCCAAUCAGAAGCUGCAAUUUGGUUUUCGGACGUUUUGGAAGUUGAAUGGACUUCCGGAAUGGAUUCCAUUCGACUUCCAAGGUACGACUGUAGUUGAAACUUGGCAUAUAAUUGAUGCAUAGCUGGUCAUUAAGGUUGACAUAGUUCUUAAAAUUCUGUUUUUUUAAAGUUAACAUCUGAAGCAGCCAUUAGUAUCCUCAUUGUCAGGUUCCAAGCAGCACUGUUAAUUUAGAUUAUAUGCAGUACACUGCCAUUCUGUUAAACAUUGCAAUGAUUUAGUUGACAGCUCAGCCAUUCUUACAGCAUGCAGCUCAUAACAUGGUUAGCCAAAACAUAAUGAUGUCAGGAAAGACAACGCUCACUCAAGAAGAAACAGAUGUUGGUGGAUUCAAGUGAUGUUUGGCCUGCAUUGGGUAUUUUUAAGCUUUAAGUAAAACCCUAGUCUGAGAAGAAAGCAGGGCUGACCCCGGUCCAUGGUGAGCAAGCUGGUCUAAGUAAAAGGAAAGUAGUCAUAGCUUUAUACUCUCUACUUACUCAGCCACACUGAGUUCACUAUUUGGGAGAAGGUAGCUUGGCACUCUGCCUUUUAAGUCAGACGAAGACAUGCAAAAGUGGCCUGGAAGUAGUCAAAUAAUUCUCUGCCACCUGCCUGCAUUCCUUUAGUGGGGCCAACUUAUCACUGUGCACAGAAGUUAGUUUCUGCAUCCUUCUAGACAGAUAUUACAGAGUAAGCUGGUAAAUGUAAGAGUUAUUUUGGGAAACUACAUGGUGGAGAUGGCUAUACUUUUAAGACCUAUCUAUGUAACACAACUCUGCACUUGUGGGAUUCUGGGGGCAGAGCUCUAAUAAUUUAAUUCUCGAUUUUCGCAGGAAUUUGCUCUUCAGAAACUGAAUGCUGUUGUCAAUGACUUCUGGGCAGAGAUCUCUGAGUCAGUGGACAAAAUGUAAGAAAAAAAUUAUUUCUGGCAUUAGGGUGGUUUUUCUGUUCAGAGCACAAGGAUGAAAUGCACCUGUCUUAUCUCUUGGUUAAUAGAAAAAAAAUUAGAUUCUACAUUCCAUAAGCUGAAUUUCUUGGUUUAGGAAUUGCAUAUCCAUAAUCCACAGGACGUUAGUUGAUAUGUGAAAUUUGGUUUUUGUUUAAAGGAGUCAGUCAUGACAGCUGAUGGUUUCUCCCUUGCUUUUGCUAUAGUGAAAUCCUGUAUGAAGAUGUUGGCUUCCGGAGUCGUGAAUUUGCUGCUUUGGUGGCUUCAAAGGUGUUUUAUCACCUGGGAGCCUUUGAAGAAUCACUGAACUAUGCCCUGGGAGCAGGCAACCUCUUCAAUGUCAAUGACAAUUCAGAAUAUGUGGAGACGAUCAUUGGUAAGUCUGGGCUCUGAAUCGGAAAACAUUCUAGCUGACUACCCUGGUUUGGCAAUGUGCUAAACGGAGUAUACAGAUUUGGCAAAGUUCUGGUUUCUAGGAUUUGAAAGAGAAGUGUUUGCUUUAUUUAAAUGUAAAUUUGCUUAAUGUGGUGAAACAAACCUGCAGUUUUUACUUGGAAUCCAGUUUUAGAUGUUAUGUCAGUUGGUGCAAGGGGCAGAAUAUUGUGAGUAACGGACUCUUUGCAUGUAGAGUGGAAGGAAUUUCUGCAUAUAGCAGAACAUUGUUCUGAAGAGCAUGAGAUGUUCAAAGGUAGCUAUGCUAUCCUACAAAUAAUCUUGCAAGAUGAGAAACUUUGUUUUUAAUAAUGAAAGCUGAGAUUGCACAGAAUACAACUUUUGGACCCAGUACAAAGAAGCACGUGCAGAAUCUUGCAUGGGAUGAAACCAUGAAUGCUUAGCACAGGAUUUUUGGUUUUUUUCUUUAAAUCAGAGGAAAAUAAAUGUCUUAGUCCUACAGUGCUGUUAAGUUAAUAAAUGAUUUUGUGAUGAAAGUUUCUUUGAAUUUCAGCUUUAACUUGACAGGUGUUAGUACUUCAUCCCUAUUAUUAUUAUUAUUAUUAUUAUACUUAUUACUGUAUUAUUAUUAUUAUUAUUAUUAUUAUUCAUCCUGAGGAUGUACAGUCAUACCUUGGGUUACAACCGCUUCAGGUUGCGUUUUUUCGGGUUGUGGACUGCCGAAACCCGGAAGGACCGGAACAGGUUACUUCCGGGUUUCGGCAGUCACACAUGCGCAGAAGCGCUAAAUCGCGCUAUGCGCAGAAGCACCGAAUCGCAACCUGUGCGUGCGCAGACACCUCUUAGCUGACAAAGACCCCGAAAUCAACAGGCCUGUGGCGAAGUACUGUUACAUUGCAACAAGAAUAAGACGAGCAAUGAUGACAGCAACGGAGUUCAAAUUGCAAACAUCGAAGGAACGAUAAUAAACAGUAGUGACAUUUGAAUUGAAUCCUUAAAACCUUAAAAGUCGAAACCUGAUCAUAAACAUAAGUACCAAUUUUGUGAUUUGGCCAUAUCUCCACUGUUAUCUGUAGUACAAUAGUACUUAUAUUGUCAUAUUUUAUUUUAUAAAUUGCUUGCUGGUCAUUGACCGUAUUAAAGAUAUUUGAUUUUGAUUUGCUGCGGAUUGCAAAUAUGCAUCCCGCACGGAUCACGUUCGCAACCCGAGCGUCCACUGUAUUGACAUUGUGACACUGGGCCAGUUGGAGAAGCUUAACAGGGAGCAUGUGCGUUUCUUUUCCCAGCAAAGUGCAUUGACCAUUACACCAAACAAUGUGUGGAAAAUGCCGACCUGGCCGAGGGAGCAAAGAAGGCAGUGGAUCCGCGUCUGGAAGGAAUUGUCAACAAGAUGUUCCAGCGCUGUUUAGAUGAUCACAAAUACAAGCAAGCCAUUGGGAUUGCUUUGGAGACGCGCAGGCUGGAUGUCUUUGAGAAAACCAUUUUGGAAUCGGUGGGUAAAAGAACAGAACGUUAUGUUUGACACAGGCACACCCUAAAACAGAAGUCCUGUGCAUGCUUACCUGAGAAUAGCUUUUGGUGGGAAUUGCUCCUCAGCAGACAUACAGAGGGCUGGGCUGUUCAUCCCCUUCCUCAUAUUGGCCCUGUAGUUCCACACAAGGUUUCUGCACCCCUUGCCUGGCUUCUGCAGUUCCAGGCUUGGUGCUGGAUGUCACAGGAUGCUUUUGCACCUAGGACUCAAAAGGCCACCCAAUUCCUGAGGUGGUCGUCUCCAGCUUUCCCCUUUGACUCCUAGAGAACAGACUGAGGCUUGCUUUAGCACUGGAUGGUGCAAGAGGUCCUAAUCUCAGUCUUCAUCACUAGCUUGAAGCUGGCGAACAAGUCAGAGAGUUUUUCCAUAGUUGUGCUGUGUCCUUCAAAACUCAAAAAAAACCUGUGUUGCACAAUUCUAGUCUCUUCUCCAACUCCAAGCUGGAGCAAAAGAUGGUGCUCUUCCUGUCAGUGUCACCAAAGUUUGGAGAAACACUCGCCAUGGCAAAAGUGGCAAAUGCAUUGUGCCAAUUAGAAGUUAGGAGUGGAUUAUCUAAGGUCACCUAGCAGCCUUUUAGCUGAAAUGAGACUUCUUGGCUCAUGGUCUUGGGCACUAUGCUGCGCCAGUUCUCAAAAUGUUGCCUAUCUGUAUGUAGGCAUUUCAGCAGUGAGAUAUAGAAUAAGGUACACUUUCCAGUAAUUUGGAUUGUGUUCAUGUCUUGCAUUCAAUAUUACUGAAGCCAGUUUGGUGAGACUUGCUUGGGUUGAUUAGCCAGAUUAGUUUUUGUCACAUUUGCAUUAUUUGUUGUCUCUCUCCAUCUCACGACCCUCCAAGAAGAUAAGAGGUAGGCCUGUUAGACAUGGCUAAAAAAAAAUUUACAAUUGUGAAAAAUAAUUUUACAGCAAUAUUUUCUUUCAUGGCAGAAUGAUGUUCCUGGAAUGCUGGCAUACAGCUUAAAACUCUGCAUGUCUUUGAUGCAGAAUAAGCAAUUCCGCAACCAGGUACUGAGAGUUCUGGUUAAAAUCUACAUGAACCUAGAAAAACCUGACUUCAUCAAUGUGUGCCAGGUAAUGUGCUAUGUAUGUACAUAUGGCUACAGACCACAGGCUAGUUUGCCUUGGGAGCAGGGGAAGAGGAGGGUAUCUGAGUAGUAGUAUCUGCCAGAUGGUGGCAUGCGUACUUCACCCUUUGGAGGAAGAGGCGGGGGGGGGGAAUGUAAGACGCACAUCAUCCAAGAAAAUUGUGGUUGCUAACUCAAAUUAACAGAGAUACAUACUGGGACCUGCUUGCUAAAAUUCUUCCAUGUUCUUCUGCCCCCUUGGCCUGUGGUUCAAGAGAAACUCACAACAACUGAUGUAGCUUGGCUCAGCUGAAGCACCCACUGUGUUGAGUGCUUUAGAAACGCAUCAGCUGUUUUGAUGUAUUUUGGCAACUUGUUUUGGUUGUGAAACUUUCCCCCCCUUUUGGUCGUUAAUGCUCUUAACGAAUGAGUGCUUGAAAGAAGCCGGAGUGGGAUAGUGAAAAGGGUUGGGGUGGAAUUAGUGAAGUCACUGCAUGAGUGGAAUGGCUUCCGCUUCUGCCACGACGCGGGAGGAUUGGGGGAACUCUCAGAGCAGAUUUGGGAGGGUUCAGGGAAGAUGUGGAAGAAGAGAAUCUCAGGGGGGUUCCGUUGCAUGAUAGGAACAUCUUCAACCCUUGGACUCUACAUUUUUGCUCAACCCAAAAGCUGAGAGGGUGGAACAAAACUAUUAUCUCUGUGUAGCCUACCUCAGAGUUGUUGUGAAGGUGUACAAAGGGGAAGAGAGGAAGGGAGGAAGAUUUAUUUCAGGGACUUGUUUGGUAUAUUAUAGUGGUUUCAAUGGCAUGCAGGAAGCACUAUAAUAAUGCCUGUAAAAGCAUAGAAAUGGGAAACACCCCCCACUCCAAACAUUAACAUGAGCUCAUUGGGAAUGGGGUUCAGAUACAUGUUUCUAGUAAAUUUUACAUAAUGAAUGGGUGAGAAAUCAUUGGCCUUAUGAAACUCCUACUUCCGUGCUGAGACAUCCUCUGACUUUUCUUCUGUUCUCUCUCCCGCAGUGCCUCAUCUUCUUGGAUGACCCGCAGGCUGUGAGCGACAUCUUGGAGAAGCUGGUCAAGGAGGACAACCUUCUCAUGGCUUACCAGAUCUGCUUUGACUUGUAUGAAAGUGCCAGCCAGCAGUUCCUCUCUUCCGUUAUCCAGAACCUCCGCACUGUUGGCACCCCUAUUCAUUCUGUGCCUGGAUCAACCAACACAGGGACUGUCCCAGGGUCAGAGAAGGAAGGGUAAGGGAGCUUGUGCGAGAGGCAUCCAAAUGGGUGGCAUGUGGCUUGAAGACACAAAUACUGUCAGGUGCUGAGCUGCAAGGUGAAUUGCCCUCCAAUGUGGUGUAUGGCAGAGCUAGCCUUGGGAUUUAACCAGAUCACAGGGUGGGACCAAGCAGUUGUACCCUGUGCACUUACCUUCUCCCUUGAGUGUAUGUAAAUACCGUAUACGAUAUACGAUAUCUUUAUUGUCAUUGUCCCAUGCAGAACAAUGAAAUUGUAAAACUACCAUAAAACUACCACAAAACUACAUAAAAACUACCACAAAACUACAUAAAAACUACCACAAAACUACAUAAAAACUACAUAAAACAUUCAAAAACCCCUAAAAACUCUAAAACCCCAUUUUAAAAUACACUAUACUACAGAGACCCCUUAUGCUGCGUUUAGAACCAGAAUUGCAUUUGCGUAGAAACUGUUUCUCAGGCGGCUAGUCCUGGCCUUUAUAACCCUAUACCUUCUUCCAGAAGGCAGAAGCUGAAAGAGAUCAUUUCUGGGGUGCGCACUAUCCUGCGCUAUCUCUGCAGCUUUCUUAUGGCACCUGGCAGCAUAGAUUUGAUCUAAGGUGGGAAGAGUGCACCCUAUUAUUCUCUCUGCAGUCUUUACAACCCUGGACAGCAUUGUUUUCUCCCUGGCUGUGCAGCUCCCAAACCACACACACAGACCAUAAGUUAAUACGCUCUCCACAGUGCAAUGGUAAAAUGCCAUCAACAGGUCCUUCAGUCACUGUAUCUAUACAACAAAAUUGUGCCGCCUCUCCAGCAAUAAUCUUGGAACUUGUAGUUUGGUUUAAGAUACUGAGUCGUCCCAUCCCCAUCCCCCCCCCCCGAUAGCCAUAGAUUCCUCCUACAGUUCUAUUGAAAAGCAAAGUACUGUAGAUCUGACAAGCCCAAAGUCUCCCCACCCCUAGUUGUGACUGUGGCUUAUGUGUCUCUUAGAAAUAAACUUCCAGAGCGCUCGCAGGCCAGUGUUUCCCAUUUGUCGGUGUUUAUAUAUACCUCUUUUUUUUAAAGGCUCCCUAUAGAAAAAAAGAGCACAGAAGGGAGAUGGAUUCAGCCUUGCAAAGUUGUACGUAAAGGGAAAGGCAUGCUCCUGCUAUUGGGGUGGGGAUUCAAAUAUGUAUUCCCACAACUGCAAUCUUCAGUGGUCAAGUGCAGAAAAAGCUUCAGCAUUUGAUUCUGCUGACUGUAUUGACUGGCCUCAGUUGUGAACAUGAGAAACACCGUUGCCUUUUCUCUCUUGCUUUAAGAGGUGUGGAGACUUGUAGAAGCGUUAGGACUGUGAAAUGAAAUGUUCAUUACCUUAUUGAUUCCUGUGCCCUUCUCAGUAGUUUUGGCAUAGGUUACAACGCAAGUUAGACUGUUUUUCUCUCUCUUUUCUUAUAGUGAUACCAUGGAGACAGAAGAAAAGACAAAUAGUCCUGUUGCUGCAGUGAAGGCUGUCCAAACCGUAAGUGUUGCUGUGUGUAAAGCAUCCUUGAUGCAUAGUUUGUUUAUUUCAUAAGAUUUCUUGACUCCAUUUUAUCCUGUGGGCUUCAGGGUAAUGCACAAUAUUAUUAAAAUCACAACAUCCUUGCAUAUCUUGCUAUGAAACAGAGACCCAACUAUAAAGCAAGCAGAGGCAUUGCACAGUUGUCUCACUGCAGCCUUGAAAGGCUGUGGAGCACGGUGUAUAUUCUCUUCCCCAAAGCACACAAUCACAGGGUUAUAGUCCUAGAUCAACUUGACUUUGGCUGCAGUGAUUUUACUACUUUCAGAACCUAUACAACAGAUCACCCUCAGAUAACCGUGACUUCUAGGGAUGAGAGAGUUACUAAUUCCAUAUCUUUCAGGGAUGGAAUGCUUGCUUAAUGCAGCGUGUUUUUCCAACAAUAAAAGAUCAGAGCUGCCCUGUGAAGCCCACGUAAAGAUUUAUUGCUGUUUUACUGUUCAGUGCAUUAGUGUGUGUUAUAAAGGUUUGCCCUUGAAAGUAGGAAACAAAAUAAUGCCUUAUUUGGUCAUUGAUUGCAGUUGUAAAUAUUUAAGUUGAAAAAGUCGCACUUUGCAGCUGCUUGUGACGCUUGGAGGAGAAAGCACCAAAUACAGUAGGGUAAGAAAGGAAAAGAAAUUACCCUAAAUGUAGGGCUUUUUAUGCCGCUUUCCUCUUACAAGAGUCAGUCUUAUAUGGGGCUCUCCAUUGGCCUCCAUCCGUGGCAGUGUUCAAGUGUGCGCUGACUUGGCUUCAGUACCGUAAUUCCUACAACCGUGGUGCUCCCAGGCCAUUUUCUGGGCACAGUGCAAAUUUCCUCCAAAUUGUGGAGGUUUUCUUGUUGCUUGUGUGGACGUUGCAAGAAAAUUAAAUGACCUUCAAGCAGAUAGUAAAAGGUAAAGGUAAAGGGAACCCUGACCGUUAGGUCCAGUCGUGACCGACUCUGGGGUUGCGGUGCUCAUCUCGCUUUACUGGCCGAGGGAGCCGGCGUUUGUCCACUUCCACAGACAGUUUUUCCGUGUCAUGUGGCCAGCAUGACUAAGCCACUUCUGGCGAACCAGAGCAGCGCACGGAAACGCCGUUUACCUUCCCGCCGGAGCAGUACCUAUUUAUCUACGUGCACUACUUGCACUUAGAUCAACACUGCUAGGUUGGCAGGAGCAGGGACCGAGCAACGGGAGCUCACCCUGUCGAGGGGAUUCGAACCUCCGACCUUCCGAUCGGCAAGUCCUAGGCUCUGUGGUUUAACCCACAGCGCCACCCGCAUCCAAUUCAAGCAUAUACAAAUGUUUAAAAAGAAAAAAAAAGUGAAGAAGUAGAGAUCCCAUGCGUUAGUGGAGAUUCCAUGCUGUUUGAGUGAGCAUUUGGGAAGAAGUGUGUCUCGAAUUGUUUCCUUUGUGAAAAAUAAGCGCUGCCAAGGUGAACGCAUACAGAAAUUAUCCCAGAGGUAUUCCUCAACUUAAUGUUGGAAUGCAAUUUGAAAAGACAGAAUUGAGAGGGAUUAGCUUAAGGUAGGGUUGGUCAGAAAGUAGAUUGGGAUCUACUAGUAGACCCCCUGCAGGAUUUGCAGAAGGUGGUGAAGGUUUUCUUGUUCCUGGUUGUUUAGCAAUGGAAAUAACAAAACUACUUUUCCUACCUAAAUUUGGCUGGUGAAAUGAAAAAAGCUAACAGGAAUGGAAUUCUGAAGGCAAGUACUGUGAGCUUAGUUGAGUCCUGUUAGUGAAAGCAAACUCUUCGCCUUAGAACACACACAAGAGACAUCCUAUUCUCUUAAUUCUACCUGUAUCUGUUUUGCACCUAGCUCUGUCUUGGGGUUCUAGUGAAAACAAAGUACUGUAGAUCUGGCAAGCCCAAAGUCUUCCCACCCCUAGUUAUGGCUGUAGUUUAUGAGUCGCUUCAGUGGAAUGUUUCCUACAGAAAUAUACUUAAAUAUACAUUUAUUUAUUUAUUUUACAAUAAAUGAAUAUAGAGGAUGAAAUCUCAUGAAUACUGAUGGAGAUGGCAAAAUAAAUCUAGCUGUACUUGGUGCAUGUAAACUUGCCAAAGCGACCAUGGCUGAUAAGGUUUUACUGGUGUUUUGAGAUACUUGUUGAGAUUUUGAAAAGUAAUCUUUUUUGUCUUUUUCUGCAUGUGCAUAUAUGAAGAACCCAGAGUCAAAAGAUCAGAUCCCAAAAAUGAUUAAAAUAUUAAGUGGUGAAAUGGCCAUUGAGUUACACCUGCAGUUCUUAAUACGAAACAACAACACAGACCUCAUGAUUCUAAAAAACACAAAGGUAAGGCCUAUAUAUGAUUUGUGUGGGCUUGCUUCAUCAAGCGCUGGGAGAUAAUUUUGGAUUUGAGGCUGAAUAAUUCAUCUUAACAUUUCGAUAGCAUUACGUUACCAGCUAGCUAUUUAAUACGGUAUAAGGAGUGGUGUCCAGCUCAGUGUUACUUAGAGUAGACCCAAUGAAAUUAAUGAACAUGGCAAAGUUAGGUCUGUUAAUUCCAACAGAUGUACUCUGAGUAAAAUGUAAAGGAAUACAACCCAUGAAGGAAGUGUGCCUCUGUGUUCUGCACUGUGGGCUCUUGAGCAGAAUGAUGCUGAGAAUAUUUAAAUUAAUAAAGACUUGAGCAAAAGGCCUUUUGCCGCCUCUCCUGGUAUGUCCCACGGAGGACCUUACAUUCUCUAAAUAAAAACAUCUUGGAGGUCCCGGGCCACAGGGAGGUUAGGCUGGCCUCAACCAGAACCAGGGCUUUUUCGGCCGUGGCCCCGAUCUGGUGGAACGCUUUGUCACAAGAGACUAGGGCCCUGCGGGACUUGACAUCUUUCCGCAGGGCCUGCAAGACAGAGCUGUUCCACCAGGCCUUUGGUCAGGGCGCAGCCUGACUCCCUCCUUUGGUAAUCCUCACAGAACUCUUGCCCAAUGGUUGCCAUUAAUUUGACUCUGAAUUGAUUUUAGAAUGUAUUCCAAUUAGUUGAUUAUGAUUUUAUGAAAACUGUGUUAUUUUUACUGUUGUUAGCCGCUCUGAGCCUGGGGAGGGUGGGAUAUAAAUAAAAUAUUAUUAUUAUUAUCAUUAAAAACUAAUUUACUUCAGAAUUUCAAAGAAUAUUUGCAUAUUAGCAAAAUGUGGUAUGACAGCAUAGUAUAUAGAAAAACACAAAAGAGGUAAUUGUAAUAUGCAAAAGGAGAUUUCUUUAAAAAGUUCUACCCCAAAUGAGCUGUCCCAGCAGAGAAGAGAAGAAGCUAAGAUGCAAUAGCAACAAGGAGGGUUCUUGAUCCAAGAGUAAAGGGGGUUCAAGUGGGGGAACUGAGGACUCCAAUGAAGUCGUUCCCUUAGUGCAAGGGUCUCUUUUCCUCCCCUGUCCCUACGCACUCCUCUUAGACCCUCCCCAACUCUGCUGUAAAAGGUUGGAGUAAACCCAUAACAGAUUUUUAUUUUUUUGGGUGGGGGGCAUGUGGAGCAGAAUGUCUAGUUCUACUGCGCAGCCCGAAGUCCUUCUGCGAACGUAAAUACAGUACUUUGUUGGAUAACAUCUUUAAGUUCUUACACAAAUUCUCUCCAUUUAUACUAUUCCUGCUUGGCUAGUAUGUGACAGUUUUCAAAGGAACCAAGUUCAGCAUUUUUUAACAAUGGACAUUAGCAGAUUAUAUUCAGCCUUGAAUCAACCUCUCUGAAGUUUUAGGCAGUGGCCUAUUGUCCAUCAGUAGAUGGGGCAGGUACUGUUUUAUACCCUUCAGACUGCGCUUAUUAUCCUUUAGCCUGUCUCUGCAUGUAUAUCCUUCAGCCUUUCCUCGUGAGAUUUGUCUUGUAUUUAUUUAUUUUUUAAAAAGCUUAGUUCAGAAGUUUUCAGACAAGUCAACAAAUUUCUGGCAGCAUACUGUAAGAAAUACAGAUCAUAUUUGCUUUACAACAUGGAUUUUGUGAUCUGAACAGUCAGAAACAGAAAAGGGAAAAGGAAAGUUACCAUGUUAGGACCUGAGCGCACUUCUACGCAUGAGGUUUUUCUAUACAGUAUACUCGUGUUCCUCUUUGCUUGGCGGUGACUUUUCUAUUUUGCCCCUCCAGGACGCCGUGCGGAACUCUGUCUGUCACACAGCAACAGUCAUAGCAAACUCCUUUAUGCAUUGUGGAACAACCAGUGACCAGUUCCUUAGGUAAAAGCCUUUAGCGGAGCAGCGUAACACCUCUUGGGGGCAUAAAUUAAUCUGCUAUGGUUGCAGGAGAGCAGUCUUUCUCUAUCCUUUUCUUAUGAUAUGAUACUGUUGAGAGUGUGCUUUUGCAUGUGGAGGAUCUUGGCUGGAAGGCCUGGGACAGAAGAUUUUUUAGAGGCCUGUGGCAAGUCAAGAGUCGAUCCGGCUUUUCCAGCAGCUUGGAAGAGUGGUCUGACUUGACCUCAGGCCAUUUCUUGGGUUCAUAUAUUGGUGCACUGAGCCAUCAGCAAGAAUUUUAUAACUACUUCUAUUGUCCCACUAUUUAGGUUUUGUUCAGGGAAGUUUGUGUGCAAUUUCACAAAUGCAAGAUAAGGUGCCAUUUCUGAAAGUCUGGGAUUUGUUUAUUUAUUUAUUUAUUCAUUUAGAUUUUCUAGGUUUGAGAAUGUUCAAAUAGCGCCAUCAAAGGGUGUAGUGGUUAAGAGCGGUGGACUUGUAAUCUGGGGAACCGGGUUCGCGUCUCCGCUCCUCCUCAUGCAGCUGCUGGGUGACCUUGGGCCAGUCACACUUCUCUGAAGUCUCUCAGCCCCACUCACCUCACAGAGUGUUUGUUGUGGGGGAGGAAGGGAAAGGAGAAUGUGAGCCGCUUUGAGACUCCUUAAAGGGAGUGAAAGGCGGGAUAUCAAAUCCAAACUACUACUCCUCUUCUUCUUCUUCUUCUUCUUCUUCUUCUUCUUCUUCUAAUAUUUAGGCCUGAGAACUUUUGUAUGGUGUUCAGCUUAUUGUCAUUCCCUCAUAUAAUGAUCUCCUCUUCCAGUGUGCAUUGAUUUAGCCACUGGAGAGUCAGAGAUGGAUCCUUGUUGAGCUAGGAAGGACCCUUUGCCCUAGCCAGAGCUCCCUCUUAGAGCCGUGCCAAUCUCAUAUGCAUUUUUUUUUAAUGCAGUGUAACUCUGACGCUUUGUUUAGGGCAGGAAAACAACGGAAAGAAAUACAGUGCUCCUGUCUUGUGCAGAUUGACCAAAUGGUUGAAAAUGAGCACCUUGGAAUAAUAUUCCGAACUGUGCAAUUUACUUCGUGUCCAGCAAUUUUGUUUCCUUUAUGAUGAAAGUUUUGGUCUUGGAAUACAGUGGUACCUCGGGUUAAGUACUUAAUUUGUUCCUUCCGGAGGUCCGUUCUUAACCUGAAACUGUUCUAAACCUGAAGCACCACUUUAGCUAAUGGGGCCUCCCGCUGCUGCUGCCACGCCACCGGAGCACGAUUUCUGUUCUCAUCCUGAAGCAAAGUUCUUAACCCAAGGUACUAUUUCUGGGUUAGUGGAGUCUGUAACCUGAAGCGUAUGUAACCCGAGGUACCACUGUACAAAGAUUUCUGGCUGCAGAUAUUGCUAGCUUUGAGUCGAACUAGACCAGAGCAGACAAAAGUAAAACAAGCAGUCAACUUCUAAACACUCUCAAUUCCUGUGAUAUGAAAGUUUGAACACUUCUGAGACUAAGACCAAUUCCCAAUAUUUCUCUCUGCAGAGAUAAUUUGGAGUGGCUUGCCAGGGCUACCAACUGGGCAAAGUUUACUGCUACAGCCAGCCUCGGUGUCAUACAUAAGGUAAUACUAAGAUGUAUCACAGUGUUUUUGAUAACAUCUGAGGUGUUGGUGGGCUUGUCAUCUUCAGGAUAUUUUGAGGCCGUCCUGUUUACAUUGCAGGUUCUGACCCAGCUUUUAGACAGAGGUGGCAUGUGUCCUCCUGUUGCUGGUUUAUGUUACACAACUAUCAGUAAACUCUUAGACAUAAGAAUUUUAAAUUUUGCUUUCAUUGAGCUACUGUAUUUACAAGUGCAGUCUUUUCUUACUGGCCUAUAUUUUACUGUGGACACAAAAUAGACUCAGUGCAUGUUCCUCACUGUGUGUGUGUGUGUGUGUGUGUGUGUGUGUGUGUGUGUACUACAUGUGCAUUCAAAAAGGGAUGAUGCAAACUGCUUGCCCAUCACAGGGUGCAUGCAAGAUGCGCGUGCCUGCUAAGUUCAUAGUAUUGAAUCCUUACUAAAUUAGUUCAGCUUAGUUCCAAUUGGGAGAAAAUGGCUGCAGAAGAUGGACACACACCCCUUGGGCUGACGCAUCAAAGCUCUUCAUAGUUCUCUCUUUUCUCCUUGUGAAUUUACAGGGUCAUGAGAAGGAAGCUCUUCAGUUAAUGGCAACGUAUCUGCCGAAAGACACGUCCCCAGGGUCUGCCUAUCAGGAAGGUGGUGGGCUUUAUGCCCUGGGACUCAUCCAUGCCAAUCAUGGUGGUGACAUCAUAGACUAUUUGCUGAACCAGCUGAAGAAUGCCAGCAAUGAUGUAAGUAUUGUCUCCUGCGAAUCACCUGCAUAAGUGAUUGAGUGCCUUAGGGAUAGCAUGUGGGUCGCUGGACUUCUCAACACUUAGCUGACGAUUAUGUUAGCUGCCCCAGAAGUUUUAUUGAAGUGUAGGAUAGAAAGGCAAUAAAUAAAAAAGGUGCAAGGUAAAAUGUGGUUGGCGCUCAUGAAGAAUCAAUAAUGUGUUUCUUUUUCAAAUGCUGAAAAUUACAUCACAGUGAAGGAAGGAAGAUACAGUCAUACCUCAGGUUACAGACGCUUCAGGCUGGGUUUUUUUGGGUUGCGGACCACCAAAACCCGGAAGUACCGGAACGGGUUACUUCUGGGUUUUGGUGGUCGCACAUGCGCAGAAGUGCCAAAUUGCAACACGCGCAGACGUGGGUUGCGAACGCUGUGGGUUGCGAACGUGCAUCCCGCAUGGAUCAUGUUCGCAACCUAAGCAUCCACUGUAAUGGAAAUGUAAUUUUGUGUAGAAUUGUAGAGUUGGAAGGGACCCACGGGUCAUCGAGUCCAACCCCCUGCAAUGCAGAAUGACUAGAAAAAUGACUACCAAGAGUUGAAUGUGGAAUGAGUUCAUGGGUUCUCUGUCUCACUCCAAGAGUGUGUUCUGAUCUUUGUAGCCCUCCUGAUAAGUUUUAAGUAGAGUCACGGAGAGAAAGGAAACAUCUCUCUUACUUUUGUUGCAGAUUGUCCGACAUGGGGGCAGCCUGGGACUUGGUUUGGCUGCCAUGGGGACUGCCCGCCAGGAUGUCUAUGACCUUCUCAAAACUAACCUGUACCAAGAUGAUGCUGUGACAGGUAAGCCACUGCCGUGGACACAAGUGUGUGUCUUAAACCUACUCCCCCCACCGCAGGCCAAGCCAUCAUCCUGUGUACUCUAUUCAGGACGGCAGGCGGAAGCAGUGGUGAAGUUCUGUUGUGCUCCUGUCUUUAGUUUCUUCCUUUCCCCCCUUAAAGGUGAAGCAGCUGGGCUGGCUCUUGGGCUGGUGAUGCUGGGGUCUAAAAAUGCGCAGGCGAUUGAGGACAUGGUGGGAUAUGCCCAAGAAACCCAGCAUGAGAAGAUCUUGCGGGGCCUGGCAGUUGGCAUUGCCUUGGUGAUGUAUGGCAGAAUGGAGGAGGCAGAUGCCCUGAUCGAGAGCCUCUGCAGAGAUAAGGUGAGUGUAGCUCUUCCUGCAAAACCACCCAUUCCGCUUCAGCCUUUCUCUUCAGCGUAUCUUAAUAACACUUGCCUUUUAGCACUUUAGGGUGUCUGUGUAAAAUAGUCCACCUUCUAACCCACAACCUGCCUCCCAAGACAGGAAUCGGGUAAAAAUUAAUACAUAAUGAACUGGAAUAAAUGCCAUUUUUUAUGGCAGAGGUUCUUCAAAGCCCCAUGUUAUUAUAGGAUGCUUGAUUAAGGUUGAAGUAUAGUGUCUUGCCAAAAUUUAUCUACUGACUUAAUUAGCCACCAGCAAGCUUUCUGGCUCACUCUAUCAACAAUUAAAUGAAAAAAGCUGCUAAAUAUGGAAUGGAUUAAUUUUGGAAGAUCUUUUGGCUGUUGAUUGAGACAUAAAGCAUGUAGUGUUCUUCAGCCUUCUAAGCUGGGGUGGGCGAAAUCUACUUUGAAAUCUACUUUGUUUUUACUAGAAACCUGAGUCAGAAAUCCUUGCUGAUCUGCUUGAAGUUACUCAGACACCGGUCUUCUGCCUGCCUCUGAUCUGCAGCAGCAUCACACAGAGCAGUACAGACAAUACGCAGUUUUUAGCCUUGAUUAGCAUAAAAGCCUUAUGCUCUUCAUACUAUAGUUCUUGAGUAUUUAUUUAGCGUAAGUGUGUUCUAGAUUCUCAGAACCCAAAAGCAAAUAAAAAGACCGCAAGGACUGUUUGGGGGCGCUCCUUUGCUCAAGAUUCUGAAUACUGACUGGAGUCUUCAGCUGAUUAGUUUUCUAGUAGUAGUUUGGUCAGCUUUUGAUAAAUUCAAGAUUUGCUGGUCAUGCAUCAUAUAUCAACUGGAAUUUAGGUUUUUCCUCUAAGUCCUAGGUAGCAGUUUUAAUGGAAAAUUGGUGUUGGUAUUUUAAAAAGAUGCCACUUUCCAACUCAGUAAUGGAUCACACCACAACUUUUUAAAAAUAGAGUUGGAAAGUGAGCUCAUAGGAAGCUGUCAGUCUGGUGGUUCAUCUAGCUCGGGAAUUCAGAGUCUUUCUCCUUUGAUUCCACCCCCCCACCCCACCCCCCGGUAUGUAACAGUUUAAAUGUUAAAGUGCUCUACCUCUUCCAGGAUCCGAUCCUCCGCCGUUCAGGGAUGUAUACUGUUGCAAUGGCUUACUGUGGCUCAGGAAACAACAAGGCAAUCAGACGUCUGUUGCAUGUUGCUGUAAGUAUAGCUGGCUCUGGAGUAGACUGUACUUUGAAUGGGUCUACUUUGAGAAUAACUGAGCCUCUUGGGCUUGCCGACCAGAAGAUCGGUGGUUUGAAUCCUCGUGACAGGGUGAGCUCCCGUUGCUCUGUCCCAGCUCCUGCCAACCUAGCAGUUUGAAAGCAUGCCAGUGCAAGUAGAUAAAUAGGUACAGCUGUGGUGGGAAGGUAAACAGUGUUUCCGUGCACUCUGGCUUCCAUCACGGUGUUCCGUUGCGCCAGCAGCAGUUUAGUCAUGCUGGCCACAUGACCCAAAAAGCUAUCUGGAUAAACGCCAUCUCCCUCGUUCUGAAAGCGAGAUGAGCGCCACAACCCAUAGUCGCCUUUGACUGGACUUAACCUGUCAUGGGUCCUUUACCUUUUACCUAUUCCAGCAGAAGAAUGUCAUGGUCUAAUGAUACCAGUCAUUUGAUGGCUGUGGUCCAUUUUAAAUCCAUCUGCACAUCUCUGAAAAAAAAAUGCAUUAGUACCUUCUAGAUAUUUCUGUAUAUUUCUGUACGCUUUAGGUAUUUUGCCCUGACUUUUUGCUGUUUUUUCCCCUUUUUAUUAGGUGAGUGAUGUCAAUGAUGAUGUGAGACGUGCAGCUGUUGAAUCACUGGGUUUCAUUUUGUUCAGGUACAGUUUCUGUUUCCAUCCGUUCUGCGGUCUGCAGUAGGAUUUAUCUGAAGUUCUAGGAAUUCCCUUAUACUCCACUUGCUGCGCACUAACUUGGUCUCAGCUGAGCGCUUGCAGAAUAGCAAUUUGUGGAAUGCUUAAUGCUGUGUCAGAAUGAGAGAUAAAGAAGCAACCUGUGAAUCUCCUUAAUGGGCUGAGGCUUUGAAGCUGCCAUAGAACGUUGGGUGUGGAUGGUGGCUUUGUUUGCUGGAUGCGUGUGGCAGAAAGUGCUGCUCCUCAAUAAAAAUCAAGGUAGUUGCUAGUUGAGGGCUAACAAGCUGAAACUUAAUCUGGAUAAAACAGAAGUACUGUACUCCAUUUGGAAGGCCUGCUAAUCUGGAAGGAGGUUUAGAUCUGUCUGGAUGGGAUCACUCUUCCCCUGAAAGGCCAGAUACGCAGUCUGGGAGCACUGCUGGGUUCUCUGCUGCCUGUGGAGGCACAGAUGACAUUACUAGGAGGGCCAGUUUGACAGCUGGGACCCUAACUAGAGAAGGAAGACUCUGGCACAGUGGUGCAUGACAUGGUUAUGUCCAGGUUUGAUUAUUUCAGUGUGCUCUCCAUGGGGUCACCCUAAAAGGCUGUUCAGGAACAGCAACUGGUACAGAACGCAGUUGCUUGUGAGAGCUGGUGUUCAAGUCACUUCAUGUACACUGUGUCACUUUCAUUUGGCUGCAUGUUCAUUUCUGAGCCCAAUUCAAGGUGCCAACUUGGGUCUUUAAAGUCCUAAAUGGGUUGGGACCACCUACACUUGCCUGAUCCUGUCUGAGCAUUGAGAUAAGUGCCCUUGCCACUGAACGCUUUUAGGCUGGCAGGUCCUCCCCGGUCGUCCCACACCUUUGGAAUCCGCUUCCCAGGGAGACAUGUAUGCCCUCAUCCCUGCUGGGUUUUAUUAAACAAAAAUUCUGACGGCAAAUUUAUUCAAGUCUGCGUUUGUCUGAAUUGUGCAACUGUCCGUGUGUGUUUUGUAGUAGUAUUUUCCCAUGCUUGAGCCUUGUAGGUCACCUUGUGAGGCCAGUGUGUUGUGAGAGAUGAGCUUUAAAAAUCUUUUAAAUGAAUAAACAAAUGAAAUUUAUUAAAUAUCUUGGGGCUUCCAGAGCAGAUUGCCUUCAGACCAAUAAAGAAGGCAUAUGGAUAAGUGUGAAGCUCUCGGAAGAGACGAAUGAAUAUAUUAAGUUCAGCCUUUGUUUAGUGGCGCUGGAGAGGGUUGGAUGGAGGUGCUUUUCUGAGAGGCAUAUGAGACUUGUCUCUGCACUUUCAGUAUAACUCUUGUUGAAACUUUCCACUAGGAGUUGCCAAAAGUGGAAUUAAGUGCGUGAAGUCCUGUUAAGAGGACAUAAUAUCAAUGAAGUGUCUGGGAAGUAUCAGAUCAAGGAUGGAUAAUAUUCAAGCCAGGAAUGUUAGUUAACGUUUAAGAAAAAUAAAUUGCAGUCAUUCUUGAGGAUGUGGAUGUCGGCUUACUAAGUAACUCUUGUACAAUGACUCAGUGUUUUAAGAAAGAGAAGUGUUUCCAAAUAUUCUUGAAUUAAACUGCAAUGUACAUUUUAUUUAAUUUGAAUUUAUAUAACUCCCACCAACCUGGGGUGGCUAACAGCAUUUAAACAAUUCUUUGUAGGAUCAAGAAGGAAACCUAGUUUAGUUGCAGAGUACAUAUAUUUGUGUGCAGAAGAUCUUAAGUUUUAUUAUAUACGCAUUGCUGUGCACCACCCUGAUAUUUCAUGAGAUGGUGGCAUAUAAAUACUUUUAUAAAUAAAAUAAAGACCCGAGGUUCAGCUCCUGGGAUUGAAAAAAGGGCCAAGUCUCAGAUGAUGGGAAGGCCCUCUGUCUGAGACUCUGGGAAGCAGCUCCCAGUCAGAGUAGGGAAUACUGGCCUAGCAUAAAUUGUUUGAUUCUUGGGUUCAGAAGAUGGAAUUCGGUUUUAAUGCUUUCAUUAGUUCACAAAUUUUAACUCCCCCGCCCCUCUUUUGUACUAAUGGUAGAUUAUAAAACUGGACAGUAGGAAUUUUCAGAGUCCAAUCCACAGCUCUUUCAAGUUAGGCCAGUGGUUCUCAAAGAGUACGGCAUGUCACACUGACGUAGCAGGAGGCGAUGGCAAGUACAGCAGGAAGAUUCGAGGACAAUCAAUUUUAUAUUUUGGUAAUGCUUCCUGUUCUUAUGUUUUAUAUUUUCUGGAUGUCUCUUGAUCAUAUUAUGAAAUGGUUGAGCUCUAAGUUAUAAAUCAAUUAAAAAAAAACUGGUGUGGCAUGAGCAAAUUUUUAUUCUGAGAGUGUGGCCCAGAGAAAAAAGUUUGAGAACAGCUGCUUAGACAGGGUCUGGGUAAUGUUCAUCUGUACUGCGAACACCGACAGCCAAUUCUGUCUUCCGUUUGCAUUUAAUCCAGAAUCUGUGCAGAAGGUUUAAAAGUAAGUUCAGCAAGCAGAGGCUGCAAGCAGCUGCCCCCUAGACUUUAUACUACCUGACAACCCUAAAGGCUGAUGUUUUCACCUUAUUCCUUCAUGGGCUUGCAGCUCACACAGCUUUGGAGACUCGGUCCCAGUUCCUGCUGAAAAGGGGAGCUCACAUUCCUUAUAGUUUUUCUGCAACUUGUACUCCACCAAACCCCGCUUUAAUGGGAGAAGUCCUGCUCCCCAUUCCACCUACCUAAGAUCUAAAUUUUUUUGGUGUCUGCAGUAGGGUUGCCUUGGUAGUAGCACCCCAGUUGAGGAACGAUCUCUCUGAAGAAGCCCACCAGAUCCCUGUUCUUCUUUUGAAAUAUUGAGGUUUAACAGUAUGGCUUCAUUUUUUCCUUUGUAUGUUUUACUGAUAACCCCUUCUGGAUUUCCUUUGGAAAGGAAGAGGAGGGCCAAGAUAAGUGCAGUCCUAAAUAAAUCUGUCAUCUGGUCGGUUCUGAGAGACGGGGCCAUCAUUUGUAGCUGUGUGUCAUCCUGCAGCCAUAAAUGUGUCUUGCCCACCCCUUUUCCAGAAAGUGCCACGUAUAAUUUUGCGUGCCACUCCUCCCCUUCCCCUGCGUGGGCAGCAGGUGUCUCUGUGGAGCCGUUGUGCUAAAUGCGUGGCACAGCGGUGCGUCUGCCCUCCCCAACAAGCCAAGUGUGGAACAGCCUUUGCCGGAAGGGAACUGGUACUCUUCAGUUGACCUCUGUGUGUGUGCUUAUACAGAAGGCAAAUUCCACACACUCCUUCCAUACUUUUCAGUGAUUUCCCUCCCCUGCUCCAAACUGGUUCUAAUAAAAGAGUUUUAGCUCUCUGAUCUUACUGCAGCUUCCCCCCUCCCCCCGGCCAAGUAUAAAACAUAAUCUGGAAUUGAGAGCUUCCUGCCAAAGGUACUGUUAUCUUUUUUCUGAGUUUAUCCAUUUGGUUGCGCCUUCUCUUGGCAUGGCAUGAGUGCUGGAGCUGAUGAGUGCCAUUCAUCCACUAAAUCUUUCAGUGGUGCUGAGAAACACCGCUAUCCAGACUGUGUCGCCUGAAUUAGCUAGAGAUAGCCCAGUCUGUGUUAUUCUGAUCUGUAUCGUUUUUACAUAAUUCCGUUCCAUUCCUACUUUUAUCUGAGUAUAUACUGUAUACAUUUAACAACAACAGCAACCCUAGCAUAAUGUAUUUAAUUGUCAAGAGCUUAUGUUGCAAAAUUCAGGAAAGUGCAAAAUCAGGCAAUAGCUACUUCCGAUCUGCGAUCAGGUCAUUUCUUAUUGGCAUUUGCAAAGACUGAAUUCCUCAAGCAUUCCUAAUUUUAACUCAAUCUUCAACACCCUUGUGAUGUGGUAUUGCCCCUAUAUUGCAGAUUUGAAGCUCAGGCUGAGAGGUCUGUGAGGAGGUUGAAAAGUGAGGGGCAAAGAAGGGGCAGUUUGUCGAUAACUUGUCCCUGCUGCAUUUGCUUGUGCACAACCUCCUAAAUUAUAGCAAUUUAUAGCAAAGUUUCAACGUGAUUCUAAUUUAGUUAUUUUAAUGGAUUGUGUUUUGUACUAUAUGACCAUGAUGUCCUUUCAAUUACUACAUGAUGCCGCCCUGGGAUCCUCGUUGAUGAAGGGUUGCUAAUAAAUGCAAUAAAUAACAGCAAAACCAAAAUAAAAUACGUAAACUGGGAAGAAAAAUGGGGAGAGUACUAAAAGUCUUCUGCAAGUUGGAUGUUUGUUUAUUUCAUUGUAUAUAUGCGAGCCAUUACAUAACUUUAGGCACCAGGUGAAAACAUUCCUCUUCUCCCAGGCCUUUGGCUUAUUAAACAAUUUAUAGCCUUUUAAGCUGUGGGUGGGUGGGCUGUUGCUAUUUUGUUUGUUGUUAUGCUAUGUACUUUGGUAUUUUUAUGCUGUAAAGCACCCUGUGAUCCUUGGGUGAAGGGUGAUGCAUAUAUUUGAUUAUUAUUGAUAAUUAAAAUAAUAAUAAAAUAUUAGUAUUAGUAUUAGUAUUAAUACAUGCAGCAUUGCAGAGCUAUCUGCCUCUCUAUGCCCCACCAUUGCUGCCUUAAACCAGUCAUAAGGAGCUGGGCUGUUGUUGCUUAUUGGCAAGUGCAAUGCACUCUGCCAUUGCUCAGAGACAAGGUGACUAUUGCUACGUAUUUUUCACAUCUGGGCCCUUGCUCUGGAAAUGCUUUCACAGGCCGAGACUUUUCCCACUGAUGAGGCAUCCCGUUUCUCACAGGCAGUUGAAGUAUGCUCCAUCUUAAGUGCUGGCCUUUGUUCAGUGCUUCCAUGUGGAGAAAAUCUUCCCUGGAAAUGAUUCAAAGCUGUGGUGAUAAGCUGGGAGCUUACAUUUCUCUCUCCCCAUAGGCAAUCAAUAUACUGGUUUAAAAGCCAGCAUUUGCACACACAUGUUCUCCUCAGGUGAUGAAAUCUUGAUAUCUUCCUUUGGGUGGGUAGGUGGGGGGGGGGCUGCCGGCAAAUCUCUGCAAACAAACUCUCCUGCAUUCUGCUGAGGGCUAAACUGCUUGAGAAUGUGUGUCUGUCUGCCCUGCAGGUCUCCUGUUCAGAUUCUGAGCUCUCACUUCAGAGGAGAUUGCAUGGCAAGUAACGUUGGAGUAAAUAAAAGUUUUAAUGAAACCCACAAGAGGAUUGUGCCAAUGCCUUCUCCUCUGAUUGUUGCGUUCCAUCUAUUUGUUGACUUUCCUAAGCUUUGUUGUGUGAAUUCCUCAACACAUUUCCUUUAAAAUAAACUGUUGCAAUUUCACUGUGGGUGUUGAUCAGAAAAGUUGGAUUGUCCACAGAACUCUGUAAACAUAGCAAUUCUUAGAAAACUGAUCUCAAGGACUUGGUGCCAAUACUGGUUUUAAUCUGUUGGUUUUUUUUAAAGGGCAAGAGUUUUGGGUUGGGGGUUUCCCCCAGCAGCCUAUUGAAGUUGCACCAGGUCUGCUGUUGCAAUGAGUUCUACCUUUUUAAUUCAAGAAUAAGCAUGGGCUAACUUUAUUCUCAUGCCGACGUCCUUGCUAACAUAUCUGUGCUGUUUUGCAUUCUAAAACUUGCUGCAGGAGAAGGUGAUAAUGCUUGACAUUUAUAUAGCACUUUCCAAAUAUUUCAGGCAUUUUGCUCAUUUAUCGCUCAUUAUCUUAAUGUUCCCUUCAAGAUGCCCUGUAAGGUAGGUAGUAUUAGCUGGGAACAAAGGGAGCUGUCUUGGAUAAGGUUGCAUUUAUCCACCUAGCUCAGAGUUCCUUAUGGCGACAGGCAGUGGUCCUCAAGCAGACGUCCCUUUCCCAUCAUCUGCUCUGUGAUCCUGUUUAACUGGAGAUGACAGACCUUGAAUCCAGGACAUUCUGUAGGCAGGCCAUGCGCUUUUCCACUCGGCUGUGAUCCAUAUAUCCUGUAUCCAAAAUGGGGAACUGGUAAAUUUGGGCUCAGGACUGCAAUACCUUAAGGGCUAUCUCUGCCCAGAUAAACUGACCAGACUCUGUGAUCAUCACGAGAGGUCUGGAGGGUGGCAACACAAGAAGAGCCUUUUCUGCAGUGGCUCCCUGUUUGUGCAGUGCUCUCCCCAGGUCAAGUUGGCGCCUUCAUUAUACAUCUUUAGGCACCAGGCGAAAACUUUCCUCUUCAACCAGACCUUGGGCUGAUUAAUAUUCCACAGCCUUUUAAAUGUGUUUGUAGGAGGGGGGGCAUUAUUGUUUUGUUUCUGUUGUAACUAUUUAUUCAUGCUUUUAUCCUGUAUUUUUUAUCUUGUGAACCUCCCUGACAUCUUCCGAUGAAGGGCGGAAUAUGAAUUUAAUGAAUAGUAAUAAUGAGAGUUGAAGCAAGGUGCUUUUGGCGCACCGUGGACAUUCUUUGCUAAUUAAUGUGCUGAGCUGUCUCUCAGAUGUGUUGCUCCAUCCUGGCUUGCUCACCCGUACUCAGAAAGGCCAUCACCGCAGAAUCAGACCAUGGACCACAUCUGUUCUGAUGGCAAGUUAUAUGCCUCUGAAAACUGGCCAGCGAGGCAUGAGAAGAUGUUAACUCUUGUCUCCGAUGUUAACUUGAUUUUUAUGGAUCCAGGUUAAUAAGCCCUUUUGAAUCUGGGACAAGAAGCUGGAAAAGAGUUAAAAGAUGAAAUGUAACAGGACCAUGUGAAUUGUAGGAAUUCUUUCUAGCACCCUUUUUAGAAAAGGGUAAAUAAGCUUGUGUUGUGUAAACAGUACUUUGGCAGGCAUUGCGAUUUUGUCUAGGGGGGAAACUGGUGCAUGUGAGAGACAUCUUAAAAUGAAAUAAGUUCAAAUUGGAGGCAUCCUUUGAAGGCAUGGGAAACUAGAAAAGUCAGGUGUUGCAGACUGGGCUUUUGGCUACAGUAGUUUUUAAAGCUGUUUACUCCACUUUAUCCUUCAUGAUAAAGGCUCUUAGCACAGAGUUGGAUCUGGCUGGUAAGUCGCCUCCAGCUCAGUUUCCUCUGCUUUCAGGUAAAAACUGCUUUCAGGCAGAGAAGCCUUUCAGGACUUGUCCACAAAUGAUCCAACAGAUCUUUGUAGGGAGACACACUAAAGCGUUCCGUACACCGCCACCACAAAACAAAACAGCAAUAUAUUUAUACCCCGCCCAUCUGGCUGGGUUUCCCCUCCCACUCUGGGUGGCUCCCAACAGAAUAUUAAAAACAUGAUAAAAUAUAAAACAUUGAAAACUUCCCUAAACAGGCUUGCCUUCAGAUGUCUUCUAAAAGUAAGAGAGUUGCUUAUUUCCUUGACAUCUGAUGGGAGGGCGUUGCACAGGGCGGGUGCCACUACUGAGAAGGCCCUCUGCCGGGUUCCCCGUAACCUCAGUGUCCAGGCUGCACAAUGGGGGGCGGGGAGACGCUCCUUCAGGUCUACCGGGCCGAGGCCAUUUAGGGCUUUCAAGGUCAGCACCAACACUUUGAAUUGUGCUCAGAAACAUACUGGGAGCCAAUGUAGGUCUUUCAGACUGGUGUUAUAUGGUCUCGACGGCCGCUCCCAGUCACCAGUCUAGCUGCCGCAUUCUGGAUUAGUUGUAGUUUCCGGCUCACCUUCAAAGGUAGCCCCACAUAGAGUGCAUUGCAGUAGUCCAAGUGGGAGAUAACCAGAGCAUGCACCACUCUGGCGAGACAGUCCGCAGGCAGGGAGGGUCUUAGCCUGCGUACCAGAUGUAGCUGGUAGACAGCUGCUCUGGACACAGAAUUGACCUGCGCCUCCAUGGACAGCUGUGAGUCCAAAAUGACUCCCAGGCUGCGCACCUUGCCCUUCAGGGGCACAGUUACCAGGACCAGGGAGUCCUCCACUCCUGUCUGCCCCCUGGCCCCCCCAAAAUAGUACUUCUGCCUUGUCAUGUCAUGUCUGUGGACCAGUCCAAGUUACGACACCCCAGUCCUAGAUGAUAUGAGUAAUACAUGGAGAAUUGAGCUUGCAGCCCCCUUCAUCCCUGGUUGCAGAGGAAAAUAAGGUUUUUAAAGUCUGAAUACAUCUAGUUGCAUAAGUUCUGGGAACUGGGAGAGUCAGAGUGGAAGAGCCAAGUGGGGAGCAUCUUGAGUCCUGUGUUUAUUUUUUAGCGGCUCUCUGCAUCUUUUCCCUUCUGCCACCUUUCCUGCUCACAGCUGUGGACUACAAAUCUUGCUCGGCUGCCGACGUUUAUGCAAUUCUCUUCUACCCCGUUGGCGCAGUUUAUACAAUAUUUAUCUCAGUUGUUUGAAAAACACCAUUUAAGUGACUUGUGAUUUCUUGGUGUUUUGAAUUUUAAAACGUCAGUUGCAGGGGAAGGAAAGACUGUGCCCGAAAGAGUCUUUAUCUUUCCAGAGUCUUUGUUGUCAGGUUUCAAAGCAAAAGGUCUCUUUCAUUUGCUGUCUUCAGUUUAGCGUUUCUGCUUCAGGAAGCUCAGCUUGGUCGUCCUUCUUCUAAUGUUUGGCAAACAUUUCAGUGGGCUUUUUACAUUAUUAUUCAGAAGAGAAAAAUUAUUUGCAAUGUGAAUACAAAGCAAAAAUGGGAAAGUGCAGAUCCUUCGCCCCCAAAGCGUUUAUGUGUAUUCUGAAGGCGUCUGUUUGGUAAUCGAAGAAUUUCAGCCUUCAUUAAGAAACGAGAAAAUGCAUCCAUAGCUGUAGAUAUUAAGAUGUGAGUGCACAGUGCACUGUUAUUGAAGCAAAUUGUAUUUAAAAGUGUCAUUGCCUUGGGUUUAAAUAGUGCCCUUGGUGAGCAGAAGGAAUUUCUGCCUUUAAGGGGGGUGGGGUACAACCCAAUAUUCCCAUAUAGUUGUGCUGUAUCACUCCCAAUUUGGGAGGGUAUCCCCUGACCUUCAGGGUUGACUUUUGGAGGGAAAGGACAGCCAGGAAAUGGUACAAAUAGAACUCCACAUUCAGUCAUUUUGGAUCCAAAGUACCGUAAUGUCAGAAGCUGCUUUGCACCAGAUAAGAAUAUUCUGUCAUCCUAGACCACAGCUGCUGACUCUGACUUUCAGCAGCCUUUUGGGGCCACAUACAGAAGAAUAUGGUGAAAAAACGUGCAAGCACAUAUUUGUUUCCUUUGUAACUCAGUUUCAAAAGUGGGCCCUCAGUCCUUUUAGACACACAUUAGUGGUGUAACUACCAGCCAGGUAAAAUACAGCGUAACAGAAUUAAAUCAGUUGUUUUGAGAUUACGAUACCUAAUUCUUAUUUGCUGGAAGGCAAUCAUAGCAACUGAAAUAGAUAAAUAAAUAAAUCAGUAAAAUGCCUGCUUUCAAGAAUUAAAUGCACAAAUAUGGAAGAACAGCAGGGGACAGGCUGCCUACUUAAUUCCCAGUGUCAAGGGAGGUUCAUAAAAUACUACAUUCUUUCUGGGCAUGGGCACAAAUAAGGCUUACAAGGUACUCUUACUUUCCUAAGCAAGCUAUAGUCUACAUUAGGGAAAACAUUAAUCUUAACAAUAUUAAUUUCCAGAUUCAAUAGGUUUGUGUAUAUUUGUUUUUCAUGAAUGAACACAUUUUAGCGUUCUCAUAUUUUUAUGACUUCUAAAUUGUUGAGGAACAAGGCCAGUCUUUUUGUGUGUAGCUACCCCCCACCCAAACCCCCACCCUCUCCACCUCUUGACAGCUGGCCAGAUGAGGGAGUGGCUGGCUGGCUCUCUGCUGCAACCACAAAAGGUGGCCAUGAUGUGCUAUUACAGCUGUCAACUUGGCAGGGAUCAGGUGGCCCAAGGGGUUAUUAGUUGGGUUCCACUUGGUGCUAGGAAGCUGCUGCCUCUCUUUGGGCCUGAGCAACAUAUUGGUUACGAAUUGGACAUUCUGUGUAAGCUUCCAGCUUACCUCCAGAUUGAAGGCGGCAAGAGUCUUGGAUAUCCAAGGCUAAAACGAAACAAACAUUAAAAGAGAGAAUUACACACCAUUACUUCUGGAACAGGGACGCAGGUGGCACUGUGGGUUAAACCACAGAGCCUAGGGCUUGCCGAUCAGAAGGUUGGCGGUUCGAAUCCCCGACGGGGUGAGCUCCCGUUGCUCAGUCCCUGCUCCUGCCAACCUAGCAGUUCGAAAGCACGUCAAAGUGCAAGUAGAUAAAUAGGGACCGCUCCGGCGGGAAGGUAAACGGCGUUUCCGUGCACUGCUCUGGUUCGCCAGAAGCGGCUUAGUCAUGCUGGCCACAUGACCCGGAAGCUGUACGCCGGCUCCCUCGACCAGUAAAGCGAGAUGAGCACCACAACCCCAGAGUCGUCCGCGUCUGGACCUAAUGGUCAGGGGUCCCUUUUCCUUUACUUCUGGAACAUAAAAACAAGUACUUAAGUAACAUUCUGGUUGCUUCUCCAAUUCUGUAUAGAUGAUAACCUGGAAUCUUCUUGGGCAUCUGUUGACAUUGAAUCUUGUCUAUGAUAGCACCUUCCAUAAUACAUUCCUUCGCCCAUAGCAGCAAACGCAGCAAAAAGUUCUGUGGCACCUAGAACAGUCUUUAUGGAAUAUGACACCGAACCUUAGGAAUCACGGGAAAGUUGUUUGUUUUAUAUGGUUUGGCAGAGAUGGUGUUUCCGAGUUAUGUCUGUGAGAUGGCUAGUGAGCAACAGCUUCAGAAUGGACUCCUGCUUGCUACCAAGGGGGAAAAUUUCUGUCAAGGUGACAUUAUAUCAACCACCUCAGUGGAUGAAGCCUUUUUCCUUGGCUCUUCGGAAGUCCCCGCUAAACAGCGAGUAUUUACAUAAGGAUUAAACACAGAUGAUCUUCCAGGAAAGGGAAGUCACAUUUUCAGGAUCUAGUUAACAAAAUUAUAGUGUCACUAUGAUUACUGCCCAGAUGUUUUUUUCUAAAACAUAUCCAGGAACAUAUGGUGGCGUGGCCUGGAAAGCCCAAGCCUUUGCAAGAUUUAUUGUGAAGAUGGAUAUGAAAUUCCAGAAUACAGGAAGUGUGUAGCUGGAGUACUGGAACUGGAGCAGAUUUUUGCACAUGACACUGAAGACUAUGGAACAAUCUCACUUAAACUGAAGAAUCAUUUUGCUUGUUCCCAGGAGUACAAAACCUUUUUCGUUGGGGGCAUUUGAUUUCCCCCCCUAAAAUUGAUUUGUCUUAAGUGGCCGGCAUUUUCUUUUAUGAUUAAAGCUGUUGAUUCUCUAGUUUAAUUGUUUAUUGUUGCAAGCCACAUUGCACACAUACUGGAAAAUGAGAUAUAGAUCUUCUAAAUAAAUGAGUCUGGAAGCCGAUUAAUGUGGCUUAGCUCAUUUGUAAAUUGCAGCCAAGUACGUACUGCUUAAAGGACUCUGCUUGAUAACUCUGGGGUUUGUACUGUGGAUUUUCCAGGGCAGAACCCUCUUUGUAGACUGAGGAAGCUGGGCUGUAAAUGUUCCACUGGCCCAGUGCUCUUUCUGGCAGGCCUUUCUAGCCCCCAGUGAAGGAGGGUGCUCAGGCUUUUCCCGUGGCAUCUUCUCGGUCUUAAAAGUGCUGGUCUACUAAUUCAGAUUUUUUAAUCACGACUAACGCAGCCCUCCUUAUAGCAGUUGUGCUUUUAAAGUUUAUGAUGCUUUCUUAAAGUUAAAAUAAGAUGCAGAAUUUUAACUAGUAGAAUCUUAAGUGAGCAGUGCAGCAGCCCCUUAUUUUGAUUGCCUUCCAAAUUAAAAAUAGAUCUGCCUGCAUUGUAUUGGGACAAAGCAGGCUCUUAUUAGUUUAAUUUUUUCUCUCCUGUGGAGCAUUUCAGAAUGUGUUUGGCAACUGAGAUUCUAUAGUGAAGCUGGAAAAUGGUGAGCUACUUGAGUCAUAAAACGUAAUUGAGUUGAAAACUUAAUUAACAUAUUUUUGUGGGAGUUGGACAUUUGCGGAGUUUAUGGUAUUUUGCCCAAUGCAAGUUUCCCUUCGCAUAUGUGUUUUGGGAACUUCAUACUAGCUCUGAUUGCAGUCCCUCUGAAAUAAGUGUUCUGGAAUAAUUUAUUCCAUCACAAAGUGCUUCUUGUAGAAUAAAAUGGCUCUUCGUGUAAAUUUGAAGAACCCAUUUACAAGGUAUGCGCAGUUAACUAAACUGACUGUUCUAAAUGCUAAAAACUGUGUUGCUUGUAGCAGGCGGAGGGGUUGAGUUGUGUGAGCAGUUGAGAACCUGGUGGUGAAUUGCUGGAGAAGGGGGUGUCUUGUUUUGCCAUGGGUGCUGGGGACACAGUGUUUUGGAGAAAAGUCGAGUAGUAGGAGCAACUCUGAUAACUCCUUGCUUUGUUCUUGGGGUGGCUUGGGGGGUGCUUCUAGGGUGGGCUUGCUUCUAGCAUGCAGCAGCGGGCAUCACGAGGAGACAUUGGACCUCAAGUGUUGGCAAUCCAACAUGGGCAUCAAGUAUGAGACAACAGCCUCCUGGUUCUUCUGUGUCUACUCCUUCAGAGACUGGAAAUAUUUUUAGAUUCAGGUAGGUAGCUGUGUUGGUCUGACACAGUCGAAAUAUAUUAAAAAACAAAAAAAAUUGUCCAGUAGCACCUUAGAGACUACUAAGUUUGUUCUUGGUAUAAGCUUUCGUGUGCAUGCACACUUCUUCAUACACCCAGGACAAACUUAGUUGGUCUCUAAGGUGCUACUGGACAAUUUUUUUAUACAUUUGGGAAUAUUUUUGUUUAAGAAAAAGUAGGUCGUCCACAUGCACUACUAAUAUAUCGCUCUUGGAGGGUGAAUAUGGCGCACGCACACACACACAAAAGAAUUUAGCUACCCUUGCGAUAUAGCAUACAGUUUUCAUCUUAGGGCGAGUUACUUUUGCAAUGCAAGCCGUUGGUCCUGGCUUGAUGCAAGGCAAUUCUAUGUUGUGCAGCAGGAAGGAGAUGACACCUUCUCCUCCUUGCCUCUUAACACACUCAAGCAGGCCAUCAUGAUUUUUGCAUGAUGUCAUGGUCCACACCUCUUUGGGUGAGGAUGGGGAAAAGAAGUGCAAAAGCCAGAGGUCUGGUAUAAGGCGCGAGAGGGAGGCAGGCGCAUGUGCUUCCUGUCUCUCUCCCUUUCAGUAGGAGAAAGGAAGCUCCUGUGUCAAAAAGGCACGUGCAGAAUAGAUUACAAUAAGUGCAUCAUUCCCUCCUGUUACUUUCUAUUGCUGAAUUUUGGUCUCUUUUAAAACUUGGGUGUGCUUUUUAUUGUCCUUUUCUCUAUGGUAUUCAUCAGAGGCCAAAAAAGGGUUAGUGCUAACACUCAUGAAUGAUCACAGUGUUAACCUUUGUAAAUUCCCUCUUGGUUUAUGUCGGUAACUUUAGCAGCCAGGCGAUGGGAAUUGCAAAAACACUUCUGGAAAUCAGACGAAAUGGGUGAUGCCAGGGGUAGUUUGGUAUUAUUAUUUUGUUGUUUUUUAAAUGUGUGUUUGCUUUUAAUAGUGAAUAGAAUAUUUUAACUUCACAAGACAGAUUAUAUGACUUGAUUACCAAACUCCUGAUUUUAACAUGCCGAUUCUCAUCCUUCCAGUAAUGGUUAAGAACCAUUCUUUCAGACAAGUGAUCAUACUGUAGAUAGAUAAAUAAAUAGAUGGAUCUGUUGUUACCGUGGGUGUGCCGAGAUAGCUGGGAUUCAGAAUUCAUUUUUGGCUCAUGAAAAUUUGAAAAUAAAAUUUCAUAAAAGCAUGAAUGACUUCACAAGUGUUCUCUCUCCGUUUCAGCCCCCUGUUCCCUGGUUAGGCAUUUAUUCAGUAAAGCCAAGUUAUCUGGAGACAUGAGCACCAUUCAAAGCUUCUUUUCUCUUUCCCCUUUGCCCUGGACCAGCCAGCUCUGCUGCUGGAUAAAUAGUUUUCUUUGAUACUUCCAACCUCUCUGCUGCCCGCCCUUAACAUAUGGAUGAUGUAACCUCUUGUGAAGUUUUAACCAACCUUGUCUAAAAGGCAUUGUGUUCAAGCUAUUACAGUUCUCUUCCAUAAAUAAUGAAGGCAUUUAAAGGCUAAGUGUUCUGAUGGAUGUCACACUAAUUUCGAACCAUUUUUUUAAUGCUCUGGGGCCGUCAUUAUUCUCCCUAAUGGACACUUUUGUCAUUCUGUACAGGAAACAGCAACCGAGACAGGAUUGACAAGUCUGCAGUUGCAAUCAUAUUUACAACAUAGUGUAAAUAGAAACCACUUUUAUUUGUUCUGAAGUUUGCAGGUCUGCCAGUCAGGUCAUUCAAGUGGUUUCAACUUUUUUUCAACUUUGAGAACCCUUCUUCAAGAUGGCAGAAAGAUUUUGUAAUCCAGUCAGGUCCCGUAGCUCAGUGGUUGUGUGUGUGUGUGUAUGCGCUGUGCAAGCAGAGGAUCCCUGGAUCAAGCCCUGGUAUCUCCACUUAGAAGGGUUAGGUAGCGGCAAGGUUGAGAGAGACCCCAGUCUGAUAUCUUGGAGGGCCACUGCUAGUCAGAGGAGACGGCUGGGCUGCAUGGACCAGUAGUAUGACCCACCUUAAGAGAGUAAUCAACCCCUUAUGUGGCUCAUACAGAGUCUUGAACCAAUAUUUCUCAAAUGCCUCGAACUUUAGUUCCCAUUCUGAAUUCACUGUACGUCCAAGGACCUUGCAAACCCUUCAAUAAUAGUCUCUAUUGUAGGGUAAGAGUGGAGAUUCCUGCGGUACUCCCUGCAGCUGCGUAUGGCCAUCUGUGGGUUGGGGUAGUUGGGUAUUAAAUAUAACUUCAGCAUUGACUCUUCCCUUUUUCCUGCACUACUUGUGCCCUCUUAUGCUCAGCUGAGUGGCAGACAUUUCUUCCGAAGGAAAUGAAUGAAACGGCUUCUUUUGCAGGGUCUGUGCCCAGAGCUCAAGUCGGGGGCGGUCUAGAACCCACACAUCUCUCAUGGAGGCCCAGAUCUAAGUUUCAGAAUCUAGACUGCACACUGUUGACAGCCUCCCUUUUUAACAACUCACUGAAGGUGGAGUUUAAGAAGGGAUGAACACUGCUGAGUGCUUCUUAAGGGUGGGGUAUAACACUUUUCAGAUUAGUAAACAGGACAUUUCUUAAUAACCUCUGUGUGUCAUUUGUGUGAAUGCUUUUUUCGUGGCGUUUUCCAUGUAGAACACAGAGGUUUUCAAACUCUGGUUUGUGGACCAUGGUGGUCCUGUGGCUCCAUUCAGAUGGUUUGUGGAAAGUCUUGAAUAUCUGUACUUGAACUGACACAUUAUUGAUUCUCUCAUUACAAUGGAGGGUGAGACUGUGAUUUUCCAAGUAAGUCCCCUGGUUUUGACAGUGAUGCUGGUACCCACCCAUACCCAUGAUGUUUAAUCCAUAAACGGAAGCGGGUGUGUGUUCUAAAAUGUAGAACAAAUAGUUUCCUACAUAGUCUCGAAGUAUCAAAGUGAACCGUGGGAGAAAGAAGUUUGAGAACCAUUGAUACAGACUCACCAGCCAAGGGAGUCCUGCACCGAAGUCAUCAGGAGCCAGGGAACAUGACUGAGCACCUACUAGAUCCCGGUUUUGUUUGUUUUAAGGCCAUGCUGAGAAGUAAACAUUUAUACGAGAAAUAAAAUAUGGGUUUAAACAUGUUAGGCUGCCUUAUUUUGCAGCAUUCCACACAUAGCUCACACGAUGAGAGCAUGGGGGGAAGCACAGCCCACCAGGAACAAACUCUCCCCAUAGCUUAGCCUGCACCUCAAUUUAUCAGGAAGAGCCGCCCUAGUUUGAGAAGAGGCUGCAGCAGCCCACCGGCCGUGGAGUGGUUUCUGGGGAAGGACUUGAAGUUUUACAACUACGCUUGACUUGUCCUUUGAAAACUCACAGAACACCGAUGCGAAUAAUUUCUUAUGUGGCAUACCAACCUCUGUUGGUGUAUAUGGCAGCGUUUCAGUUAACAUGUGCAAAUAUUAUAAUCAUUUUCCACAACUAGUGACUGAGUCACAAUGCUUUUUGGCUCUUUUUGCUGCUGUUGCAAUAAGUCAACAGGCAGGAUUCGAAGAACCACAAAAGCUCAAUUCAGUGAGCCAAAGUGGGUGGGUGGAUGUGUGAGAGAGAGAAUUUAGAUUUGUUUUUCCUCAUUUAGCUUUCCCGCCUCCAAAAGAGGGACUGCACGACAAACUGCUUUUGAAAUUGAGGAAAGUUUCAAAAGCAGGUUGUGCUAUAGGUGUCAAAGAAGUAUUAACCUCUUGUGUGAGUCUGAGCAACUCUUUCAAUCCCAGCCCUUGAAUUUCACUAUUGGCCUCCGUUGGUCGCUAUUAUUUCAUAGAAUCUUAGAGCUGGGAGGGACCCAAAGGUCAUCUAGUCCAAUCCCUGCAGUGCAAAGCAGAACCCUUUUCUACUGGACUCUUUAUGUAAGGCCCUUUGAUGUGACUUUUCCGACUGGGUGCUGUUUGAAACAGAACAAUCUAGAUGGGCCUUUUCUUUAGACUGAUCAAGGUGUUAUUGUCACGCGAUAACUGAUUGUGGAAGUCGUGGGAUCAGCGUGAAAUUUCUUAGUGCUAUUAGCUGGAAAUGAGUCAUUGGGAACAAGGAGGCAGAAUGAAUUAUGAAAAUUAAACAAAUAUGUGCGGUUUCUUAAUUUAUUAAUAUUAAUAAUUAUUAUUAUUUAAACGAUUUAUAUACCUGUUAACUACAAUAGUCUCUAAGCAGUUUGCAAAGAUACAAUACAAAAAAAUGGUUAAAACUAUAAAAUUAAAUUCCAAUGGAAAUGCCGAUGGGAUUAAAAAAGAAGUUUUCAGUAGGGAGGGCACCUCUCUGACCACGACUGGAAGGCAGUUCCAUGCAUUGAUGUUAUUCAGAUUGCACCAUUGAGCUUUAUUGGAUAGAAUUCUUUUUGUGGGGGAGUGGGACAAUAAUAGCAGAGAAGGUUAUGAUCAUCUCCUUUCUAACUAGCCCCCAUGUAAACAGCUGUAUUCAGUUGGGUGGGGAGGAUUCCUAAAUGGUCUUGAGAUGUGCCCUUCCUUUCCAAGCUUAAUCACCCUUUCAUGGAAGUACAUAACUUGAGUUUGAAAGUGCAGGCCUUUUCCUCUUAAUGUAAAAUGUCGCUCUAUAGGGUGGUCCUAUAUAAUCCUUAUAUAGAGACAUCCUAGCAGUAAUGUGCCUUUUGAAGAGACGGGAUGGGUAAUCCAAUGUCUGAGACAUGAUAGUUGCCAUAGUUGUAUUUAUUUGAACACCUCUGUUUUGUAAACCACUGUGCUCAAAUACUUUUUUUUUUUUUUGGUAGCAGGAUAAAUUGCUGAUAAAUAAGAAUAAAUGAAGGUGGCCCUUUGAGUGAGAGAAGCCUCUACUCUUAGAGGAGAGCAGUUGAUAAAACUAUAAUUUGGACUUGUAUAAAUAACAGAUGGGAACCACAUAUACAUACUGGGCAUUUAUCAGUGAGUUUAGGGUAUGGUAUGGCCUUUUCUCUUCAGCUAUACAUAGCUGACUUGUUCUUCUGUUUUACCAACUUCAUUCUCUGUGAGUAGCAGUGUAUCCAGCAGUAUGGCCGACGGAGACUGGAUGGGCGAGGUGCGAAGCCGAUGGCUUUGGUACAUGACUGGAUUAAUCCCAUUCCGCAUUCCGUGGUGCAUCAUGAAAAGUUUUGAGUUCUCUGCCACAGAAUUUCUGAACGAGAGCCUGCUGGAGCACUUCCGAAUGGCGGAUCCAGGCGUUGAGGUCUGGUAAUUGCAAGUGAUAUAUCUGCCAAAUGCCUCCCUGAAUGUCCUGUUGAAGAGGGUAUAGACCAGUGGGUUCACGCCUGACGAAACAUACCCUAUCCAGACAAAUAUCUCCAUAAGUGUUUGGAUAAACUCCUUGCGGCAGGACGUGCACAGAACGGAAGUGAUGUUGGUUAUGAAGAACGGGCACCACAUCAACAAAAAGAGGAAGAAUACAAUACCCAAGACCUUGGAAGCCCGCUGUUCAUUGGUAAUAGUCUGUUCCGACUUCUUCCCGACUGUAGACAUCCUGCGCAUUAGCAGUUCUUCAUUCCCGUUAGGCAAAGGCCUGUCCUUCUUGGAGUUGUCCAACAUGGCCACUUUUUCCGGUGAUGAUCCGGGCGUCAUAUCCCGCUGGAAAACCGUGGACACCGUGCUCCAGGUAAAGCGCUGGGGCAGUUUGUUGAUCAAGUAGGCUUUCUUGCGCAAAACUCUGAUGGUCAGGAAGUAAGUGACCACCAUGAUGGCCAGCGGGACAAAGAAGGCAGCCACCGAACCGUAGAGCAUGAAGUCUCCAAAACGUUCUGGUGUCAGCACGCAGGUGAAGUUUGGGAAGUUUUCAACACCUUCUUCUAUGCCGCGGAUCGGGAUCGGGAUCGCAAUGCCUGUAGGGGAAGCAGAAAUCUAGUAAGCUUCAACCUGGAAGUGGAACUGAAAGCACCACAGUGCAUAAUAAGGAGCAUGUUCUGAGACUGGCUUCCGAACAUUGGAGCAAAUGAAAUUACAGGAGCUUUGCAAGCCCACCGUUAGAGAGAACCUCUUUAUUUAAUAACACUUAUAUGCCUCUUGAUUGAACAGAAGCCCUCAAAGCAGUUGAACUGGAGAUGUCUCCAAAGCACAACAGAUCAAGUAGCUAGAUAGUACCUCAAAAUAGGAGAGCAUCAGGUGGAGGGAGGUGACUCCCAUGAGAUCAAUUCUGCCUCUUGACUCCUUCUAGCCCAUGUUUGGAGCAACACUGGCUGUUUUGUGCCCCAUCUCCUUUCUUGGGCAACAAAUAGAACAAUUUUUCUUGGAUCACUUGUGUUUGACAUAAAGCGCGUGUUGCUUUUGGAGUGGUGACCCACUUCCCACAAGCCUUCUUUCCACAGGAGGGAGGACAGGAGCUACAUGCAGCUGAGAGCAAUUGUCUCAAGAUGGCGGGAAAGAUGGGAAAUGCUGGCAAUUGGUUUUAAUUUUUCCGUUCUCCUUCUCUGACCUGAAAUUGCAAGCACAGGAUGCUUUGAGUUCUCUGGCCUAGCGAAUCUUCCUGCCUCCUAACGACUGCUGCUGUUGAACAUAUUUGUGGUUUCUUAAGAGCUGACUUAGCUACCAAGCAAAACUUGGUGCCUUCGGCCCUGCAGCACUCAAGUAAUCGGGUCAGCGAUGAAGCUUUCACUUUUUAGUGCUGCCGCCACGGCUUUAUAAAGUUUAGGGAUUUGCUGUACCUUAGGCUAUCGCUUCAUGUCUUAUGUGCUAUAGAAAUGACAAGCAUCCUUAAGUUCCUUUUGUUCUCUUGUUUAAUAGCAGUGCAGAGGCAUUGCAAUGAAAAGAGUCCUGCUGGAUUGUUCACUUAUUUAAUUUAUACGCCACCCUUCAGGUGAGGAUCUCAGGGUGGUUCACAGCAUAAAAACGCAAGAUGAAAACACAAAAUACAUAAUAAAAACAAGAACAAACCAAAGCAAUAGACAGUGGGGCCCAUCCAGUCCAACAUCUUGGUUGCUGCAGUGAGCAUCUAGAUGCCUUGAAGGAGCCCAACGAAGCCUAUUGCCUCUGAACUUGGAGAGUCCAUAGCUAGACAUCUGCUAAUCAGUUUUUAAGCUCCCCUGAAAUUAUUGAGAAGAUGCAGUUCAGAGCCUGAGUACAUUUAAUGAGUAAUAAGACAUGGGAUAAGUGCUGUGUAUGAUUGAUGCUGCUAAAACCUGGCACUAAAAGGUCAUGUUCAAAUAGUUUUGCCUCAUUAGCCGUUUCCUUUUUUUGACUUCAAAAGUUGCCUAUUGUUUCCCUUGAUUGCGGGAAGCUCUUAAAUUUACUAAUGUAGGAAGUGGUGCUUUUAAAAAAAAACCCCACGGGUGUAGUCAUUGAUUAAGUGGGUGGUGUCUUUUUUCACCUCUCAAUUGUUUGCAACAUAACUGAUUUUAAAAUCAUUCUUAUUCUUGACACUCUUUUGGGCAUAUUUUGCAUCACUUGUUUUACAGUUAAUCUAUGAUGUCUGCUUCCUGUGCGUUGGAGCCAUUGCUCGCCAGUAGUUUGGAGUCAUUGAUUCACUUGCCCCCCCCCCCCCGCUCCUCAUUUGUCUUACAUCUGGAGUUGACAUUUUGUGUACAAACCAACGAGACAUUAACAACGGGCAGUGUGCCUUCAGAGAGUUCAGAAUACACGGAGAAGCAUAAUAUAAACUAUUCAUUUGCACCUCAUUUAUUAUUUUCUGCUUUGCGUACUUUUGACAACACAGUCAUAGUUUCCUCUCUUCCUUUACCUCUGAACAGUUAAGUUCCCAAUUGCACCCCACCCUCCUGUUCCUCUGUCCUUAUCUUUUUUCGUUUAGUGUGUCUGUCAGUGGGCAUUUGACCCAGCUAGUUCACUUCUUUUUAGAUCCAAAAGAAUUGGAGGUGGUGUCAGUUUCCCACCCACAAGGAACUGCUCCUCACUGGGGCUAGUGGUAGUGACUGAAUUCAAGCUUCUCUGAGCCUGGGGCAUUGUGAUUUCUGUUGUAGCAAUCCAACUUUUGUGGGACGCAGGUGGCACUGUGGGUUAAACCACAGAGCCUAGGACUUGCCAAUCAGAAGGUUGGCGGUUCGAACCCCCGCAAUGGGGUAAGCUCCGGUUGCUCGGUCCCUGCUCCUGCCAACCUAGCAGUUCGAAAGCACGUCAGAGUGCAAGUAGACAAAUAGGUACCGCUCCGGUGGGAAGGUAAACGGCGUUUCCGUGUGCUGCUCUGGUUUGCCAGAAGCGGCUUAGUCCUGCUGGCCACAUGACCUGGAAGCUGUACGCCGGCGCCCUCGGCCAAUAAAGCGAGAUGAGUACCGCUACCCCAGAGUUGGCCACGACUGGACCUAAUGGUCAGGGGUCCCUUUAACUUUACUUUUAAUCCAACUUUUGCAACUGAAAUAUGUUAAGCAAUUUCCCAACAAACUAAUAAUGGUAAUGUGUUUGUUGGAGGGGAGGUAUUAUUGGUUUGGGUUAUUUUUGUAUGUACUUUGUGUUCUUAUUUUUAUGUUGCAAACUGCCCUAUGAUCUUCAGAUCAAGGCAGUAUACAAAUUAUUAUUAUUAUUAUUAUUAUUAUUAUUUCCAUGCUUUGCUCUGUUGGACAGUAUGGUAUUGUGUAUUUUGAUCCCUAACGUAUAGGAGUUUGAGUUCAGAGAUGCUAUCUGAAUGGUGUGUUAGGGCUUUGAGCCUUCUUUUGGUACAGAAGGAACAUUUGCCCUCAAGACAGGUAGUAAUAAUAAUAAUAAUAUUUUUUUAUUUAUACCCCGCCCUCCCCAGCCAAGGCCGGGCUCAGAGCGGCUUACAAGCAAUAAUAAAAACAAGUUCAAUGAUUACAACUUAAAAGCAAAAUUAAAAUACAACAUUAAAAUAUUACAACAUUAAAAUAAAAUGUAGCCUCAACGCAGGAGGAGAAGGAAAGAAAAAAAGAAAGAGGGAGGUAAUCAAAUUGGCUCCAAGCCAAAGGCCAGGCGGAACAACUCUGUCUUACAGGCCCUGCGGAAAGAAAUCAGAUCCUGCAGGGCCCUGGUCUCAUGAGGCAGAGCAUUCCACCAGGCUGGAGCCAGAGUUGAAAAGGCCCUGGCUCUGGUUGAAGCCAAUCUAACUUCCUUAGGGCCCGGGACCACUAGGGUGUUGCUAUUUAUGGACCUUGAGGCUCUCUGUGGGGCAUACCGGGAGAGGCGGUCCCGUAGGUACGAGGGUCCUAGGCCGUGAAGGGCUUUAAAGGUCAAAAGCAGCACCUUAAAUCUGACCCUGUACUCUACCCGGGAGCCAGUGCAGUUUGAAAAGCACUGGGUGAAUAUGCUCCCAUGGCAGAGACCCCGUGAGGAGCCUCGCUGCAGAUUCUGCACCCGCUGGAGUUUCUGGGACAGCUUCAAGGGCAGUCCUGCGUAGAGCGAAUUACAGUAGUCAAGCCUGGAGAUGACCAUCGCAUGGAUCACUGUGGCCAGGUCGGGGCGGGAAAGGUAAGGGACCAACUGCUUGAUGCGGCGAAGGUGGAAAAAUGUCGCCUUGGCUGUUGCUGUAACUUGCGCCUCCAUGGAAAGGGAGGCGUCAAGGAUUACACCCAAACUCUUAACGGAAGGCAAUGGCACUAAUUGGGCCCCCGCAAGAGAAGGGAGUUGGUCCCUCAUCCCCAUGCCAUCCCGACCCAGCCAUAGGACCUCUGUCUUUGAAGGAUUUAGUUUCAAUCGGCUCCCACGAAACCAUCCAGCCACAGCUUCCAAGCAUCUGGUCAGUGUGUUCGGGGCCGAGUCGGUGUGGCCAUCCAUCAGCAGAUAGAGCUGAGUGUCAUCAGCAUAUUGGUGGCAGCCCAGCCCAAAGCUCCGGAUAAUCUGGGCAAGGGGGUGCAUAAAGAUGUUAAAAAGCAUCGGGGAGAGAAUUGCGCCCUGCGGCACUCCACACACCAAGGAAUGGCGCGACGACAUUUCCCUCCCUAGUGCCACCCUCUGUCCCCGACCAGAGAUAAAAGAGCACAGCCAGUUAUGGGCUAUGCCCUGUAUCCCCACGUCUGCGAGGCGGUGGUCCAGAAGAUCAUGAUCGACCAUGUCAAAGGCUGCUGACAAAUCUAAAAGGUAGAUAGUAUGAAAUUUCUGGCCAGGCACUGGGAAUGGCCACCUUUGGUUAGAGCGUGGUGCUGAUAAUGCCAUGGUUGCAGGUUCGAUCCCCAUAAGGGAUUGCUGCAUGUUCCUGCAUUGCAGGGGUUGGACUAGAUGAUCCUCAGGUUCUCUUCCAACUCUGAUUUUGCCUGUUUUGCUUUUGAUCCCAGCUGCACUUCAGUUUUAGAGAUUUCAUUCGAGGAAGAGAACCAAGGCUAGCUGAUGUCCUCAUCAGAGGCUGCUCACCAUUCACGCAGUGCCACUUCUCUGGCACCCAUUCAUUCACACCAGCUGUUAGCAAAUGAAAAGCACACUCUCCCUUUGAUGCUUGCCACAUACCUAUUGAGAUCAGCCAGACCACUGUGAUUUUGAUGAGUGUUGUGGCCCGUGAGUUGUACUGACUCGCUUGGAUUGGCUUUUUUAUGGCAAUGUAGCGGUCCAGUGAGAUGGCGCACAGAUGCAUGAUGGAGGCUGUGGAAAAGAGGACAUCCAGAAACAGCCAGACAGGGCACAGCUCCCGCGGAAGAGGCCAUGCAAUCUCUGAAAAAGAGUAGGAAAGGGUUAGGAUUCUUCUUUGGGGGUGUGUACCCUGUGGAAGAGGGUGCAACAUUCAGUAAAUGAAUUCGCGACACUAUAACCCCCUCCAGUUAAUGAGGCAGGAGUUUUAAAAAAGUUAUUUUUAGUACAAGCAAUUUUAAAAACUGCAGGUGACACCUCGGAAGAGGUCUUCUUCCACCUCUCCUGCACUGGAGGAGCUGCUUUUAAGAUGAGUGUUUGCAUCGGUAGAUGUGGGGCAGGAGCUAUUCUAUAGAAGCCUUUCUCAAUCGCAGAUGUAAGCACAUUUAACCUAUUGAUUAAUCAAGGCUUCUUGAACAGGGCAAUUGCACUAUCUUCAAUGCCUUUGAGGUAGUGGCCUAAAAAUCAGUGGAUUGUGGGCUUAUUAAGCAAAAAAGGGCAGCAGCAACUGGUGAUCUGUUAAGUGUUAGAGGUGUAGUGUUCUGGUUUUGGGGCACAAUUCUGGAACAUAGGCUGCUUUGCAAUUAGGUGACUUUUUCUUCGCUGUGGUGGUGGGAAUCAGGUGAAAAUACUGCAUCUUGUUGCAACACACGGUUUUCCUUUUCAUUAUUCGGAAUCCUGGUUUCUAAAUAGGGCUUCUUCAGCCCUGUGCCCCUGCAAAUAAUAAAUUGUCCCCCCUUCAUUUUGUCAUAUUCAAAUCCCUCAGCAUCACUGUUCCUUUAGUAGCCAGCUCCUGUUCCUUACUUAACGGUGCAAGGUUUGGUUUCUAAGCCAGAUUUCUUUGUAGAGGCCCUUGCUGUGAAUUAGCUGUGGCCUUUUGGGGGAUUGCGUAAUGACAUCUCUUGGAUCAAUUGCAAUAAAAACGGAUACAUUUUGGGGGGCAUAACUGUUCAAAGGUAAAAAUAAAGUUUUUUGUUUUUUUUACUCUGGGCAUAACCUUGAGUUUUUGGACCUUGCUGAUUGUGUGUGCCCUCUUUUCUUAAUCUGUGGGGCCAACACAAGUUGUCAGGAUUCUCAGCUUUACUAAUAAUAAGAAUAUAAUAAUAACAAUUUAUUAUUUAUACCCCAGCCACUCUGGGCGGCUUCCAAUCAAAUAUUAAAAUACAGCAAUACAUCAAACAUUAAAAGCUUUCCUAAACAGGGCUGCCUUCAGAUGUCUUCUAAAAGUCUGGUAGUUGUUGUUCUCUUUGACAUCUGGUGGGAGGGCGUUCCACAGGGAAGGCGCCACCACCGAAAAGGCCCUCUGCCUGGUUCCCUGUAAUUUGGCUUCUCGCAGCGAGGGAACCACCAGAAGGCCCUCAGAGCUGGACCUCAGUGUCCGGGGAGAACAAUGGGGGUGGAGACGCUCCUUCAGAUACUAAGGUUGACAAGGAUAAUGAAUCAACUACUACUGGGUGAAACCUAGUUAAGCUGCCUACGGCUUUGUUAAGCAGAAUACAGCAAAACCAGAUCUGAAUGCAAUUCUCCCCACCUUCCCGGCUGCCUUUUCAUUUUGGAUCCAUGAGCAACAACUACUGUCCCACCUCCUCCUUUCCCCAGGUAGUUGGUUUACCUUGAGGGAGACUUCCGGUGUGUCUAUAGCUUCCCUACACAAGCCAUCCAAUUCCUACACAGAAACCAUACAGUCCCGACAUUGUGGAGAGCAUUGUGUGAGUGGCUCUGCACCUGUGUUAAAUGGCUGUUUCUUUAUUGGAAUAUGGUGGGAUGCUGUGGAGCCCAAACCACGUGGCAGAAGGUUCUUCCUGCAGCAGCCAGCCCUCCACAGUCGCGAAAGCAAGGGCUUAUUUUUAAAGAAGUCCACUCUGUGGUUUGUGGGGUAUUAAUAGUAAUAGCAGAGGGAAAAACCCUGCAGCGCUUUUUUUUGGUUUUGUUUAAAUAGAGAAUUGAUAACAUUUAAAAUGAAGUAGAAAGCGGAUGCCUUGUUGAAUAGACCGUGAAAUGUUGAGCAAACCUUUUUAAAGAUUUCCUUUGAGUUUUUAUUAGCUUUUUAAAAAGAAUCUCUCGUUCCCAGAGCACAGUCAUGCCAGAAGAAAUAAAAGCUUCAAGUAACCAAUUAAAUUGGUGUGCUUGAAAUCCUGAGAUUCUAUCUAGCAAGGCAAGCGUUUUCCUGCGCCUUGAACUAAUGUUGUUGAGACCAAGUAAUGUAUGGCCUUUUUGUGUGCAGGUGUUCGCUUUACAUGUGAAGAGGAUGAUGGCUCCUGGCUCGCUAGAUUUCCAAUGAAUGAUUUCAAUGUUUUCUCUCUUUUGUGCAGUGCUGCUUAGACGUUACCUCCUUUCUGCUCAUUCCUGCAGGGAGAGAUUUUUUGCGCUGUAGCAAAAUAGCCUCUCUCGCUCUCUUACAUCAGAGAAUGUGGAUUUUUCUCCCGCUAAACUUCUGCUUUUCCUUCCUUUUGUGCCCAGUUUUGAGAGAGGUGGUGUGCGUGUUGUGUGUUUAAGAAAAGUGACUUUAAAUGCUUGAUAUUGAGAGUGCUGGCUGCAAUUUGAGUGUGGGUGUUUCCGUGUUUGGUGGCCCAGUGAAUAAGGCAUUGGACUGCCUUCGGCCCAGAUCACAUCAUGGCUGUUGAGUGAUCUUCUUGGCCAUGUGUAAUAUUAACUCUUUCCUCUCUGUAAAAUGAGAAUAAUGAAGAGGAGGAGUUACAGGAGACAGUGGUAGCGGUGUAGCCUCUGAGCUGUGAACUGGGAAGUCCCUGGUGCAAAUUUCACCUUGGCCAUGAAUUCAGUAGGCAGUCUUUGACAAACUGCAUUAUUUUACUUUCAGCACCUCGCCUUGUGAUAUGCUAACACUGAUCUACCUUACAGGAUGGUUGCAACAAUUUACAUGAUGGGUUUUGAACAUUUUAAAGCACUAUAUCAAUGCUAAGUGAUUAUACUGCCCCAGUGACAUCUGCUAAGUAGGGGAAUGUCUUAUUCUCUGGCCCAGGCAAGCCAAACUCCUUGGUGCUAUAGAUGUCAGCCUGCAAAUCCUCCUACUCAUUGUUGAUCAUGUUUGUUACAAAUUGCGUCGGCUAAAUUUUCCAAUCAGAUAGAAGGACCGUCACUCUUCAUUGAAAUGAUGGUAGACUCUCUUUCAAAGACGCCUGUCUACCAUUUACUAGUCUCAUUUAGGAAUUCUUGAUAAGUUUAUAAAGAACCCCAAAGUUUCCUUGAAUGCACUUUAAAGCCCACUGGCCUAGAAGAGUGAAUAGAGUCGAGAGGCACACACAUUUCCUCUCUUUGAUCUUCCGUAUCAACUGUCAGAAAUGAAAGGAAUUGUGUUUGUCUCAUGUGUUGAGAUUCUGUACAGUUGUGGAAGCACAGAAGUCUUAAAAGCAGGGAGGGGUGGGCCUAUUGGCCGACUUGGGCACAGCUGACACUAUUUAAACAGUUAUCUGGCUAAUGGAUUUUUAAGGGAUUACUAGCCUUCUAGGAGACUCAGCUGUGUUCUUGCUUCAGUCUACCCAGCCCAGGGCCUUUUUUUUGCUUCUGGUGUGAAUUUUCUCUUCUAGCAGUUGCUGAGGAAGCAGAAAUACACAACUUUUGCGGCUAGGUAGACAUCUUAUGGAUGUGAAUUCAGCUUAGGGUCAGCUGUGUUUUCAGAGUGCCUGCAAAUAAUGUCGCCACACCUAUUUAAUUACGAUUCCUAGCUUCCCUCCCUUUUAAGCACCCUGCAACAUGAGCUGCCUUUUUGUUGGCUUCUAAAUUAAGAUUCCUUGCAUUUUUUAAACUUCGGUUUUAGUAGUUUUCACUCAGGAUUAAUGGAAGAUUAAAUUUCAAUAAUAAAAGAAGACGAGAGCAGAAAAGCAAAAUUGUUAGGAAGCUUAAGGCCAAGUUAGCCACUCGCACGAUUGCUAAAUGUAUGAAUGGCAUCUUGUGUCGUUUGGCCCUGAGUAAACUUCAGAGGAGAGAGUUUGUAAUCCUUUUGCAGUUUUUUGCUGGUCGCUAAUCACUUGCUCUUUUACUUCUUCUAACUCUUAGUGCUUACACUUAAUGUUGAUCAGAUUCACAGCAGUAUGGCAAAUCCCGCAAGCUAUGAAGAUCUCUGUAGCUCAAGAGACCUGAUCAUAGUGAACCUCUCAGAAUGCUCACAUUUUCUCAAAACAAAAUGUUACCACUCUUGUAUCUGGAUUAGAAGAAAGCAGUCUUGAAGGCGAUGGAGCUGGAAGUUCCCAGCAUCCCUGACCACUGGUCCUGAUAGCUAGGGAUGAUGGGAAUUGUAGUCCAAAAACAGCUGGAGACCCAAGUCCGGGAAACCUUGAUUUAUAAUGACUCCAGGGCCAAGACUUGCUUGUCUGAGUUAGUCCUGCCUCUGUGCAUAUUUAGUUUGAGUGAUGUAUUUGCUAUGAUCUUAGCCAGUGUAAUUUAAGUAUGCUGGGUAGCAGUAGAAAAUAUGGCAGUAGCUUCCUAUUUAAUGUAGGAUUUAUUUGCGUUGCUUCUUCAAAGGUUCCUCCUCAUGAUUUGCACUCACAAUUACUCCCUUGGGUAGUAUAGUAGUUUAAGAGACUGUUACAGAAAAGUUCCCGAUUUAAUUCUUGCCUUCUGCCAUGAAGUCAUUAACCAGCUUCACCCAGAACCUCCCCUUCCCACCCCAUUGAUAAGGGAUAAUAAUACUGGGCUGCCUUUGUCAUUUGUAAGGAUCAUGACAAGGUGUCAAAUGUGAAGGGCAUUGAACACUAUAAAGUGUUAUUUGAACACUACGUAAUUAAAUUCAGUUGAUCUCCCCAGACAAGGACAUGGGGCAAGAAUCAACUAACCCAUCUUGGUUUUAUCUUCCUUGUACCUGGAGGGACAUUUGUGCUUUUCCUUCCAAGCAUGAGGACUGUUUUUGUCUUUAUUUUUUAUUUCCAGCUUGAAAACUGCGGCCAUAAUAUGUCACUUGGUUCAUUUCCUUUGAACCAUAGUUUUGUAGGUUUUGUAUCCACUCAGUAGAUUUUAUCGCUUUUCUUUGCUGGAUAAUAAUUCAUAGAGGCCAAAUUGUCAUAGGGCUUUUUGUGCAUAUGUGGAGAGAAAAUUGAACUAAUGAGACAAUACAUGCUUUCCGCAAUUUGAGCUUUCUGUAUCCUGUCCCCUGGCACUGUUUACUGAUGUAGCAUUGCAUUCUAGUCUUCCUGUUGACUCUUGCUACGAAUCAGUAGUACAUGGGUACAGUUAGGACUAUUGAAUGUAGGGGCAUUUCCACUGGACGAGUGGGGUACCAUACCAAUGCACGCUUGUAAUUGUACAUUAGAUCAUUCUGACCAGUUCCCUGCGUUAAAUGGACUCUUGUCAAUUAUUCCAAGCUGCUAAUAGAAUUUCAAAUUCUGUUUGUGAUCACAUGGGCUGUGAAACGAGGACUGGAACUAAGGAGAUUUAACUGCUGUGCUGGUGACAGAGUAGUCCUAUCUACCACAAGAGUAUGUGCAAGAAGACACCUUGCAUGGGAGCUGAUUCACCAAGACCAGGAGUUGAAAUCAGACCACAUCCCACCUCGUGGCAAGGAGAUGAAGGCCUUUCACUUCACCCCUUGGUUGUGACAUAUCAGAGAAUUCAGACAAACUGCCAUCAAAGUAUGAUCAUGGUUUCACAACCUCAUCUCAACCGGCUUUGAACCAUGCCACUGAACAUUUCCCUGACUUUCAUUUGUAGAUCCAUGUUUUGUUUUGUUUUUAGGAGACGCAGAAAAAAAUAUUUUUGAAAAUCUAGCAGAAUCUGAGGGUAAGGAAGACGUUACUGAAAAUUCCCCAUUGAACUGUUUAAAUGAAUUUCACAUAAAUCACUAGAAUACUGUCUUAGAGUCUGUCUUAAAUAGUUAUAGAAAGCAAAAAAGGCAAACCGAUUGCACUCAAGUGAACUUUUAUUUCCUUGAAGCUGGAGAUUAAAUGAUGUCAGUAUCUUAUAUCACACAUAUGGUCUGUGUUAUGAAUCACUGUGUCUACAGACACAGGGAAAGGGCUUUCUUGAAAUGGAUGGAACGAUGCCCAUUGGUGGCGAUCAUGGUGAAUGUUUCUAGUUGAUAUAAUUUUUUAAAAAAACUUCUUCUGAUUUUAUAGGAACUGUGUAUAUUUUCAUUUAAACUAUGAAACUAUCACUUCUGUGUGUUAUAACAUAGCUCCCCCCUUGGCAGAAGAGCUAUUUCAGAGUGGUGUUCAGUAGUUCCGAUUUUCCCUGAGCAUUGGUCUGGAAGAAUGAAAGAGGUAGAGUAGUUUGCCGCAUUUUGCAAAGGGGCUUAAGGCACCAGAAAGCUCUUAAUUUGGUCAGUGCUUUAAAAUGCAUACAUACAUAUAUAUAUAGAGAGAGAGAACAUAACUUCAGAGGAUCAGAGGCCAGUACUUACCAAACAUGAUGGUAAGAAGGGCUAUGGGCAUCACAAACAAACCAACCAGCAAAUCGGCCACUGCCAGAGACAUGAGGAAGUAGUUGGUGGCAUAUUGCAACUUUUUCUCCAAUGAUACGGCCAGUAUGACGAGAAUAUUCCCCCCAAUGGUGGGGAUGAUGACCAUCAGAAUGAGCAGAGCUGCCCAGCGCAACAUGGUCCCCUCCGCUGUGAUUGGCUGUGCAGAUCCAUUGCCGGAUCCAGACAUGUUCACAGGCAAGGCCAUUUCAGCACCCGGUAGGAAUUGUUCGGAGAGCAUGUGUUACUGGGACAUACUGUAGAUUCUAGGAGCUUGGUCUUCCUCUCCGGCCCAGUGCGGUCCUGAUGAAAGACCAGCAUCGUAAACUAUUCAUCUGCUACCACAUGAGGGUCUUCUCUCUCUUGUGCAAUUUUAUAUCGUGGUCCUUCCUUGGAUGCACGCAAAGAGUAUUUAAAAAUGAGUACGCUGGCUUGGAUCCAUCUCUUUAUUAUAGGUCCCAAUGGUCAGACUGUUCCCUAAAGCGAAAAGCUUCAAAAAUGAAUGUUGAAGAGUUGGGUAAUGAAUUAGAUCCUUGUGUCCUCUCACAGUGCCUCUCCUCCUGUGCUGAAGAGCUCGCCCUACAUAAUAGAACAUACACAUGUCAUGUUUUUAUUUUUGUUGAUGGGCUAGAAUUGUUACACCAAACUUAGAGGUGUAGCAAGGUGGCAUAUGCUGAAAAUUUAUACCAUCCGAGUUUCGAGUUUUAAAGGUUGCGAUGUUGCAAAAAACUCGAAAUUGGGGGGGGAAACAGCUCCGGAGAUAACUAUUUAUACUGUUUGGGUACUGCUUUGCUCCCCUUCUCGGUAGUUGAGCUAUGAGAAUAAUUCCCAGUUCUUUCUCUCCGUAAAUUCCAUUUCCCUAGAGAACUACAGCUUGUAAACUGAUGCAGGCUUCUUUACUAUGUGCCUGCCCGCUUGUUCAUCAGGUGGAAGGGCAGAUAAAAUCAAUUUAGGAUUUAUUUAUUUUUAAGCUAAUAGUGCAAUCCUGUUCAUUUUUACUCAGAAGAAACUCGCAUUGAGUUAAUGGUACUUAUUGCAGGUGAUUGCAGGCUAGAACUAUAGGGGGGGGGGGUUACUUGUUCAAUGGGAAGACAGCAAAUAAUAAUCUUACCGGAGUUACAGUUCGUGAACUAUUUGACCAGACAGACUUGACUUCUAAAUCCCUUUUGAGAGGAACCUUUACCAAUUCCUUCUCUCUAAUAAACAAGCACACGAAAGUGGCCCUCUUGGAUUUCUGUAUUUGCAUUCAGUUUUUUCCUAUGGCGUUUCUCGAUAUACAAAGGGCACAUCACCAUUCUUGCCUUUUAACAGUUUUAAAACGACUGGUGCCUUACCUUAUUUAUCCACUCCCUGGAUUUUAGCGGAAUUUCCCUAGUACUUGAGCUGGAUCCGUUUCCUCGGAGGACGUGUGUUCCUUAUUUGCCGCACACUGGAUGCUUAGAACGUCUCCCUCUAAUUGCAUUGCUUUCUUCCAAGCCAGCCACGCACACUUGCGAUUGAAUUUCCCACCGCAGUCGGGUUCACUUUGCGAUUACGCCGCUGAUUUCUUUCUCUUGUCAAGCCCAGAGGAGGAGGAGAAUGGCUCGAGUCGAUGGCUCCCUCCCUCCUCUGUCAUGCUGCCGUUUUCUUUUGGUAAUUUUUACAUACUUAAUAUGUCCCUUGAGCGCUGACCAGCCCUUCCUCUCUGCCUCUCGCCUUCUGUGCAGCUUCCUCUGAACGUGUAUGCUCUGCUGGUAUCAUCUGUUGAUUGACUCAUUCCAGUGCACCAGCUCCAAGUGCUUAAAACGCAAAGCAACAAAUGAGCAGAUAUUCUCUUCCCCUCCCUCUUUUCUUUUGCAUCUGGAGAAGAGCCAUGCAAGGUUAUUUCCUCCCACCCCCACCAUCCAGCUUUCCAAACCUGAAGCGCACAACUCUCAUCCCCAACUCUGAAUGGGUUGAUCCAAUCAACGUUGGCCCUUUUCACUUGAGCAUGUAAAAAUACACUGUUCCCUUUCUCACAGCAGUCAAAAGGUGCUCCCUGCUAGCAGGAGCUUUUUAAGUCUUCCAUAAAUACAGGGGAAACGACACUGUACGACAGUUUAUCAGUAAUCUGCAUAGUGCUUCAAGUGCACAAGUCGAUCACAGGCUGUGCUUUAAUAAUCUUCCCAGCAGCCCUGUCAGUUGGGCUUCAAUUUUACAAAUAGGGAACUGAGGCCGGGAGGUGCCUAAAAUCUUGGGUGAGUUUAUGGCUUUCCUGUGUACUAUUGCUUGCAAAUGAAUCUUACGUGCAUUACCUGGAAGUAGGUGAACUAAUCAGUGUUUUUGACGGUGUAAAACUUUGUUUCCCAACAGAUGUUGUGCAUUAAAGAUAAAGUUGUGGCUAAUAUGUCAAGCAGUCUGGCUCAACCAACUAGGAUUUAGUUUGGUGAGCAUGUGCAGUUGUUGCGGCAUUUUUUGUUCUAGAGAACGGAGUACCAAGUAGAUUCUGAAAUUCUUGCUGUGAUUUUGUGAGUCACAAAAACUUUGGUUUGGGGUAGCUACUCUACAAGUGGUGCGUAUUUGGCACGGUGUAUAUGGAAAUACAUGGGGGGGGGGACCUAGUACAUUGUAAUGGAUUAAUAGUAGGAUCCUUGACAUAAUGCUUAAUUUAAGGAACUCACUGCAACAAAAUGUGGUGGUUGGUUACUGACUUGGCUGCCUUCCAAAUGGGAUUACAUUCUUGGGGUGCCAUUUUGUCUCUGAAGAGCUGCCCAUUACUUCAAUCUAGUGCACCCUGAACAACAACCAGCAAACUGACAUUUCUAAAUCACAGAGAACAGCCUUCUUGCUGCCUGGUGCCCUCCAGAUGGCUAGGGCUGGCGGGGGUUAUAGUACAAAACUUAAGAAGGUAACUAGUUUGGGGGUGUUUUGCAUAGGGCCUGUUGCUUGGCCUAGAAAAUGGUAGCGUGUGGCGAUUUCUUGUUUAGGAAAACCACUUUUGUCUGAGUUACACCUGGGGCACAGACAGGCUGCUCAUCAGGAGCAUUUAAAGGAACCUCGUUCCCAGCCAUGCCAUCUGCCCAUCUAGCUCAGAUACGACUCCUCAGACUGACAGGGACUCUCCAGGGUCCCGUGCAGAGCAAGAGUCUUCCCCGUCACCUGCUGCCGUUAUUUCUCUGAAAGCCAGGAAUUGUCAGGUGCACAGGAGUUCAUCAGCAUACAACAAAAAGGAAGGUAGAAAGGGUCCCUGAGGAACGGAUGGUCUCUUACAUUGAAUGUAGAAUAGCUGCCUUGGAAGCAGAUACACUUAACGAUAAUGCCGUCCUUGACAGAUAACACUGCUUUUGUACAUUUGGAGUGUUAUGGGCUAAAGCUGUCCUUUUUAUCUGACAUCCUUGUAAAGAUCCAGGUUGUGCCACUGUUGAGACAGCUGCCAUUAAGACGCCGUGAGGCUACUGCAAAAUAGGUUCGCAUCACUCCAUUUCUAAUUGUGGCAACAGGAAAUUCAUCCUUCCUCCUGUGAGGAGUUUGGUAUUCUGCAGGUGGCUCUCAAUAAGUACAUUUGUUUUGGAAAUUUCCAUUAUCGGUCCUGUGCGUCUGAAGAACAGCUAUUUUUAGCGUGUGCAGGGGGCUAGAUUUCUGGCUGGAGUGAAAAUUAAAUGUUUGCACCGUGCUUGAAAGUCUGCGGUUGCCUCUUACAUGUUGGGGUCUGCUCUUUGCCACUGUGAUGCGUGUGGAUGUGCUGUUGCUGCCCCCUGUCGAAGUGUUAACUCUUUCACAGAGGAAAAGCUUUGUGCCUUCAAUAUUUUCAGAAGGCAAAUGAGUCCAUAGAAGCUUAUGCCAUAAUAAAUGCCUUAGCUCAGCGGUUCUCAACCUGUGGGUCCCCAGAUGUUGUUGGACUACAACUCCCAUCAUCCCUGAGCUAUGGCCUUUCUAGCUAGGGGUGAUGGGAGUUGUAGUCCAACAACAUCUGGGGACCCACAGGUUGAGAAAGGCUGCCUUAGCUGAAUGCUGUAAGACUCUGGGUUCUGGGGGACUGAGUAGCAAGUGACAGGAUUUGAUUUGAGAAGUCCCACGGGACAUGUUUGAAAUAUCACUCCAUUCUGGAACGGGGAUGCUCACUCAACUUUCCAAGAAUAAGUGUUCCUUUGAAUUAAAGUAUAAUUCUCCGGAAAACGACAAACGUCAUGCGCAAACGGUUUCAUGAUGAAGCAGGUUAGCUCAGAGGGUGGGGAAGGACGUUCAUUUAUAAAGGGCAGGACUCGAAUUGCUGUUUCCCGCUUCUGAGCAAUUAUGGUUUAAGAGGAAUGGGCACGUUUGUUGAUAAAGAAGAGUGACAAAAAUGGUGAGGUCCCUGGAGACUCAAAUCCCUGUAAGGAAAGAAUGGGAAGCCUUUGGUUUGGAGAAGAGACUGCUUCUGUUGGCUAGAGCCUGGUGCUGAUAACGCCAAGGUUGCAGGUUCAGUUGCCAUAUGGGACAGCUGCAUAUUCCUGCAUCGCAGGGGGUCAGACUAGAUGACCCUCAAGAUCCCUGCCAGCUCUGUGAUUCCAUGAUUCUAUGAAAUAAUACAAUGGCUGUCUUCAGGUUUGGAUUUAAAUGAUGGAUCAAUAAUUUGCUCCAAAAGGAAGGUAGGGCCCAGACCAGUGGGUUCAAAUUUCAAGGAAAUCAGUGUAGAUGAAAUUGACGGGAGGGAUCAGGCUGCCUCAGAAAGAGGUCAAGUCACCACCUCUCAAGAAUGCUGUCGGAGAGCCAGUCUUCUUCAUCGCAUAGGUUUGAACUAGAAGACCUUUGAGAACCCUUUUGACACCUUAGCAUGGCUGAUUUCAUGGCUAGUGUACGGUACUGGGAAAGUGUGGUUGAGGGGAUGUUAUACUUUGCAAAGCAGCUGUCUUACAGAGUUCCUGAUUUUAAUGUUUCUUCCUUGCUGUAGCCUUCAUUGUUCACCUUUUGUUUGUUUUCAUAAUGCCAAACUUUACAUUCCAUUUCCCCCCUCCUGUUAAGAGGUUUUACGUGAAGACUCCCAUUCAUAGCUGUCAAACGUUUCCCUUUUUUAAAGGGAAAUUCCCUUAUUCCGAAUAGGAUUCCUCGCAAGAAAAGGGAAAAGUUGACAGCUAUGCUCGCAUUCAUUAAAGGACCUGACUGUUUAAAAAUGUGUGUGUGUGUAUUUUAAUGCAAGCAGAUACUGAUUCUAGGGUGCUGCUGCUCAUACACUGGAAUAGCUGACUCCCAGAUACAGUGGUACCUCGGGUUAAGUACUUAAUUUGUUCCAGAGGUCCGUACUUAACCUGAAACUGUUCUUAACCUGAAGCACCACUUUAGUUAAUGGGGCCGCCUCCUGCUGCCACCCCGCCAGAGCACAAUUUCUGUUUUCAUCCUGAAACAAAGUUCUUAACCCGAGGUACUAUUUCUGGGUUAGUGGAGUCUCUAACCUGAAGCGUAUGUAACUUGAGGUUACAUACUGUACUGUACAUGGACUCUGCUGCAGUUUAGGCACUUGCUGAAAACCUUGUUUGCUUUGUUGUUUGAUGGCUCAUGACUUCAGCUGUUACAAUUUUCAGUUUUUGGGCUGCUGUGUAUGCCGUACUGUGCGCAUUUUGUUUUUGUACAUUACAUUCUUUUUACUGCUGUAAACCACGGAAAUACGUUUCUAAUGACAAGUGGUCUACAAAUAUUUAUAAUAAAUAAUAAAUUCUGAUCUCUUUAUGUGUGUUGAACUUGGUUGAAUAAUUGCUGAAGUAAUCGAAAGGCAAAUGUAGUUUGUGUCAGGGCCCUAAAAACCUUUACUGUGAAUGUUUAGGUUCAUUUAUUCAAAGCCUUGUCACUCCCUAUCUUCAGAGCAGCUCGUUUGAUGCCAGCUUUGAGCUGUUGUUUGAGAACAAAGUGACAAAUAGCUUUAUGUGUGAGGCAGUUUAUCGUCCUCAGGCCUAUUCUAGCUUUAGAAAGAAUUGCCUGGUACAGCUUGCCUUAACCCUGAACCUCCGUUCCCAUCACCUUCUUAUUUACAUUACUAGUCAGAGUUGCCUCUUGCAGGCGGCAGCAGAAUCCAAGCUAUGUUUAGCAGAAGUAAGUGUUGCUUCCUUUCCCUUUGGUUGCAAGACUUUGCUCAGUACUUUGCGGCUGUAAAGGUGUGAUGGAUUGAUAAUAUGGACAGAUUAGCUACAUAUGAACGAAUUGCAUGUCAACGCAAAUUAAGAAUGGAUAAAUAUGAAGAAAUAUGGAAGGAAUAUUUAAGCGACUAGGCGGAUAGUGGUGGGAAGUAGGGGAGAGAGAGAGAGAGGUGGGAAAACAUUGUUUAAAAGGUGUAGUCAUAGGUAUAUCAGUGUAUUCAAAUCUGAAAUGUCAAAUUGUUAUUAGUGUUAUUAUGGUUUUUGUUGUAUGUGUCUUUUGCGGUUGUUGUUUGUAUUGAAAAAAUGAUUAAUUUUUUUUAAAAAGGUGUGGUGCUCUUUACACUUCAGUGAAAUGUAAUUGCUCUCUUUGCUUUUCUCUUUUCUUCCUCCUUCAGGACUCCUGAACAGUGUCCAAGUGUAGUUUCCUUGUUGUCAGAAAGUUACAACCCCCAUGUCCGCUACGGAGCAGCCAUGGCCCUAGGAAUCUGCUGUGCUGGCACCGGGAACAAGGUAAGGACAACAGAGCCCAGGCUUGCUGCCCUUCCUCUUCCAUCGAGGCUGCUACCUAUACCUGAAGAAUUCAUGGUUGGAAGGAACUCCAGAAAGCCCACGCUGCCCAAUAAGUGCACCAUACAGUGUGCUGCAUGUAACUGUGAUUCCUUGUGUUAGGAUUGCAGCAUAAGACUUCAAAAUAGAAAAGUGGAUCUAUCAUCCGAUUUAAAGUCAAUUUAAUGUAUCAUUUUUGAAGAAAAAUACAUCCUAUCUUUGUUUUUAGGUGAUACAGACACCAUCUGACCAGUUUUUCCUUCCUAGGAGAUAAAAGGGAAUGGUUCCUAAAAAGGCGCAUGCUCUCUGCGGUUUUCCUAAGUACCUGUCAGGGGCAUUUCUCAGCCAAAGGAAUGCACACAGCAGAUAGUGAACUCUUUAUUGUCAAAGGUAACACUUACAGUCGCUUCUACAACUCUGGAUCCUGACAGACACCAGUUGAGUGUCUAGGCACCUAUUCCCAGGCCAAUAAUCUCAAAUGGACUUGAACCGAGGGCCUUCAUGGGCCGCGGCUUUUGCCGUUAGGCUUCCUGCAGACCAGCUCUUCAUCUCUCUGUGCCUUUCCACCAUGAUCAAUUACUGGCGUUUCCUGUCUCUGUGUAAGCUACCCCUUCCUAUUUGCAGACUCCCAUAUAACAGAGCAUCUGCUACAUUCAGCUCACGGAUUCUGCUCUGUGCUUUUUGCCCUUUCGUAUUCCUGUUUUACUUCAUCUUCUGAGGAUCUCCUCCGCCUUGCCACACUCUCACAUGCUCUGCAGAAGCCUGAUAUACCCGGAUUAACUUUCUGGAAUUGAUUUACUGUCAACGACUGGCAGCACGCUGACAUGUGUGCACCGGGCGAAGGGGGGCUGGAGUCUUGACUCGGGGGGGGCAGCGGUCUGUGGGGACCUGUACCAGCCAGGAGGCAAGAAUCAGAGGCAGGAGAAGCAUCAGAGCCGGAGGAAGAGGCAGGCCAGGCAAGUGAAGGGCCAGGUGCUUCCUCACCCUCGCUUGCACCACUGUCUCCCAGAACCAGGAGAGAAAUAAAGAGGGAAGAGCAGAGUCACCUUUCACGCAGGCGUAGUCUCAAGCAAUGUGCACGCAGUCCUUUGGGGGAAGGUACAUAAACGGUGAAGAGAGAAUGGAAUGGUCCCCUGUUGCUGAUGGACCUGGGAAUAGCUGCCUCAGUGCUAGAUUGGUGUUUAUAGGUCUCCAGAGCUGCAGGAGCAACUGUAAGUGCUCUUUGACAAUAACAAGUUCACUCUCUUGACUGGGAAGUGCCCCUGGUAUUUCACUUUGAUUCACCAACCCACAAAUCCAUUAUGCCCCCUUCUUCAGACUCCUUGGCCCAUCUCUUGAAGAGGCAUUUCCUUUUAAAGAUCUGGAUCUUCCUCUCCUCCGUGCGUCAGGGCAUGCUCUCUCCUCCAGACAGUGAUGUGGACUAAGCACCUAUGUUGCAGGAAGGGUGGAGUAAGCCCCAGUUUUACCCCCUCUUUGUAGUGCGAGCAUCUGCCUGUAGUGGACAAAAAUGGUCAGCCGUUUGGUAUUCACAGUCGGAGUCUGUUUUAUUUCUCAAUUUGUAUGGGCAGGAUAAUAGAACCUGCUUGGCUGCAGCUCUGUACUUCUUUAUUGUUUAUUUCUAAAAUAAAGGAUCUUGAGCAUCUGUUUAUAUCAGUGUGUCUUCCAGGGCCUACAUCAACCUAUUUUAAAGGCCAAGUUAAUAUUUUAGAACUGGGGAGAUUGGAAACGAAGUUAAGCUUUUAGUUAGGCCAAAGAGGCACUUCCCUCACGCAUCCGCUAUAAAUAGGCAUGAACUCACGCAAUGUCACAGAUUAGGCCUGGGCCAAUAAAUGCACAAAAAUACAACUCGGCCUUGUAAAAGGCCAUAUAAUUAGAGCAAAGGUUUUGGAAAGCUUGUGCUGUGAAAGAAACAAAAAGUUCAGAAUAAUAACCCCUUGUACACUGAACCUGUACUUCAUCAGCCUGUCUUUUAUUUAAGACAUGGCUUCUUCAGGUGAUUUUUAAAUCUGAUUCUGUCAAGGAUGCUAUAGUAGUUGGAUUUCCUGUGUCAGCCUGGCAGGUGGGGGGCACUGGACUGCACGCCCUUUGAGGCCUCUUCCACCUCUCUGAUUCUAAGUGGGUCAUCAGAUCCAUUUUCCAGCUCUAAAGUGGGUUAGUGAGUAAAUUUGGCAUGGAAUGUAUGCGUACUCAGCUGCUCCUGGGAAUCCCCACAAUGCUGAUUCAGGUGUGUAAGAGGCUGAGGUUCCUACAGCCCAUUCUGUGCUAAGAGUAUUGCCCUCUGAUGCACACCACCAUGUCCUGGGUUUUGAUCAUCAGAUGUAGAAAAAUUACUUUCCAGGCCUUCAACUAGGUUUGCACCAAAUUCCAAGUUUCUGUGUGGUGUGAGGUGGGGGUUUUUUUUUGGGAGGGGGAGUGUGCAGAUACCCAGUUUUUCUAACAAUCUGAGUGCGUUUGAAUUACAUAAUACCACAUCAGCUUUUAGUCACAUGGAGGUACACAAUUUUGAUACCCCUAUAAUUGAUGAAGUCAUCCGUGUGUUUUGGACUAUAAAGUGUUGUUUAGUCGUUUAGUCGUGUCCGACUCUUCGUGACCCCAUGGACCAGAGCACGCCAGGCACUCCUGUCUUCCUAUAAAGUAUUUCCAUACAUUUUAGAUGUUCCCUCCUUUUCCUCACAUGCUUCCCCUCAACCCAGGUUCUUAAAUUUUUAGAGGUCCAAUUCAGAGACUGCUCCUUUGAGAGAAGUGAAAGUGUAAUUGGGGAAUAGGAUUUUCUCAGUGUGAGCCCUGAGGCACAUCAAUGAGUCAACUAAAGUGCAUUGAUGUUCAAAGAGCUCAUCAAGCCUGGUAGUGGCGAGACAAAACAAAACUCCCCGUUGCCUAAAAUAGGCAUCAUUUAUAGCAUCAGAUAAAUUGCUUACCUGUUACACCUAAGCUUGUAACAGAUUUCAUUCAGGAAAGUGUUAAAUCUUCCUUCUGUUUUUGAGCUUAAAUUGAGGAAAUGCUUUUUAGAAAACAGUAAUCACUGUUUUCACACCCUUUGCCCUGUUAUCCGUGUGGUGGGCAAAUAUAUCAAUCUCAAUAAAAAUAAGCAAAGCUCUAUUCCAUGGCCUUCUUGAAGAUCCUAAUCUGAUAAUCCUGAUGAAAGCCUGGUGUUUAAAAAGUAAUACAGUUAAUAUUAUGUGUGCUCUUCUUUUCUUCUCCGAAUAGGAAGCAAUUAAUUUGCUCGAGCCAAUGACAAAUGAUCCUGUGAACUAUGUGCGUCAAGGCGCUUUGAUUGCGUCUGCCCUUAUCAUGAUCCAGCAGACAGAGAUCCUCUGCCCAAAGGUGAGUAAUGGAUCUUCAGCCAGGGAGGUAUGCAAGAGAGAAAAGCCCUUGGCUGAAGGAGACAGAAGCUUCUGCAGCCCUGCAAUAGCAGUUGCUUUAGCGAGUGGCAUUCUUCAAGGAACAAAACUUCAUUUUUGUAACGAUAUUUGAGUCCAGUAAAUUGCAAGAGAUGCGUGGGCGUGACUAUCAUUAUAUCAAAGUGUGCCAUCUCCAAGGAGCUACCUUUGUCGCUGUCCAGGGGACAGAAACCUCACAGAAACGCUCCUCUUUCCCCAGGUGAGGUCGCUGUUUUAAACUUGGAGCAGUUUUCAUUUUACCGCCUGUUUGAGUGGACUAUUGGUCUUUCAGUUUGCGUUCAGUAGCAUGUUUGAUUUUACACCUUUCCCUGGUUUAUGACUUGGCCUUCAGUGCAAGGAAAAGCUAAACAGGAGAGUAAAAACUCUUCAGAGACCAAAGCCACAGGCCCAGCACAGGUAGAUGACCAACUGGGUUGAUCCAUUGCACAGUUACGAAAACAGCAGAGCUCUGGAGGCCUUGGGUGCAAAUGUGUUGAUUUGAUGGGGACAAUCAGCAUAUCCAAGAAAUGUUUAGUUCUUAAUGGGUCGUCCAUGCAGAGGAAUGUGCCGAAGUUCAUUUCUAGUCUCCAGUGGCAAACAGGCAGCCUCUUGGGCCUCUGAUUUUGGCUCAGGAGCACAUUUCUCUCCCAGUCUCGAUCGUGGGAUGGCCGCCCACAGUCCUUCCCAGGCUAAAUGAAGCUUUGGUUCAUACCACGCAGCCUGAGAAGGCCGUGACGGAGCCUUGUGUUGGUGACUCAUUUUUCAGGACGUCGCUUUCUCAAACUUCCUUGGAAGCGCUGCUCUCUGGGAUAUUGCCCUGCAUUUUUUUACUGAAUUUGGAGGUUUCUUUCACUUCUGUAUAGCAGGGCUGUACGUGGGCCCAUGGUCCAUACUAAUAAAUAGCAUGUGUGAGCAUAUCUUGUGUCUGGUACAAAGGUUUUGUAACCUAGCCAUACUGGAUUUCCUGGAACAGGCCACCAUUCUAAAUUGUUGUUCAAAUUUUUGAAGUGUAACUCUCUUCUUUAAAAAUAGCACCUUGUCCUGGGAAACUACAUGUUUGGCUUUCUGGGAAAGGCGUCCUGGAUUUAAGUUGUUGCAGCAAUGUAAAAAAGUAAAAUGCCUUCUCGAAACGGCAGUUUAAAAAGUAAUAUUCUUUCUCAGUGUAGGUUGGGGUAGAUUCAGUUUAAACAACCCACCUGUAGCAUAAGACAUCUGAGAACAUCCACAUGUAAAAGCCUCCCUGUUUGUACAAAAGUGCUAAGCAAGAGGCCUUGGCAAGCAUCCUACUAGGUUGUUCCAACUCUCUGAUGCAUGUAAUGUCAUUAGUUAAUAGAUCCAAUGUAAAAGCCUCAUCCUGUUCCUUUGCAUGUUAGACUUGGGAAAUUGGGAGGCAUCUACUGAACGUGAGCACAGCUCUCUCCCUUUCCUGCUGCUACUGCUCUCCCCGCAUAUUGUGCCAGUGGUGCGCUAUGUGAUAUGCAAGACGCAGAAGGGAGAAGCUGCCUGUCUAGAGUUCCUGCAGUCUACAGAAGAUGGGCAAGAAAGGUGCUGGGCAUUGGAGAUCUGUACUUUGUAAUCAUUACUGGGGCUAAGAUAUGGGAGAAUAGCGGAAGAGCUUCUGUGGUUCAGGAAAGGCUGAUGAAGAAGGCUACCUUCAUCAUUGGGGUAGUGCGUCUGGCUGUUAACCAGAAGGUUGGUGGUUUGAGUCCAGCCAGGGGCAGCUGUGGGCAGGAUUCCUGCAUUGCAGGGGGUUGGACCAGAUGAUCCAUCGGGUCCCUUUCAAUUUUAUGAUUCUAGGGCUGUCUGUAGUCCAGACUUUUUAAAAAUAAAUGUGUAAACUGUAUAAAUUAUUUAAAUCAAGACGAGUUACAUGAUUUUGCCUAUUUUACAUUAUUCUGACCCACCACAGAGUUUUUCCAGGCAGGGGGAGUGGCAAGGAGCUGAAGCUCUGCACUCUGAACAUGGGCAGUUUUAUCCUGCAUCUUUUCUGGCACCUGGGACAUUGCCCACACUGUGUCAAGCCUGCCACAAAAACCCUUAAGGACUAAAAACUUGAUUUUUUAAAAGAGGGGAGCAAGAGUUUCUCAGAAAGCUGAACCAGGUAUAACAUUUUAAUGCUUCAGCUUUCCUUGGUUCCUGUGAAGUUGGAGCAACAUAUGUUCUCGAUUAAGUAAAAUGCUGCGUUUUGAAAUCCUAGGCAGAGAUAGAAAGCAUCUUCAGAUUUCAUUGACCAAUAAAACACUGAACAAGUGUGGUCAAGAUUGAAAGCAAGGCAGUUGUAAGUGCAGUGUAGUCUCUAAACCAGUAUGCAAUAUUUUAAAGUGCACAUGUCAUACAGACAAUAUUGGUGUUUGUUCCUUAAACUUACCCGCAGGAUUGGCCCUGCCACUUGUUUUACUGGAUGCAACAGGGGUGAAGCCUCAUUGAAAAUAUGUCUGAAUUUUUAAGCCAACCUGUACAAAGAACCAGGCAAGAUUAUUCUCCUUGGUCCACCAUACCAACAGGCACCACAGCCAAACACAAUGUGCAUCAUUCCUAUCUAUUUCUGAACAAAAGGAGGGCUCAUGAGGCGCUAUCUCUUUCUGGCACGUGGUUUGUAAAGCAAUGCAGAGUUCUUAUCAGGUGAAGAAAGCUCACUGAAUAUGAUCAGCUCGGAAGAGCAAGGCCUGUCUUGUUUGCUAAUGGUUUUAUGCAAGCCGCUUUGGGAUCCUUUUCAGCAGUGGAGUAGGGUGUAAAUGCUUUACCUAAUAAUCUGUGAAUACAGCUGAGGAUGGGGAAAGUGGAACUUGAUCUGGAUGAGCUCAUGGAUUACUCUAGAGAGUAAGUAGAGUCAACUGCAGGAUAAUAAGCCCUCCUGCUAGAUGCUAUUGUCUUACCGGCUUGCUGCAGAAGAAGGAAAGAGGGUGGCUAUUGGUUGAUCCAAAGCAGAUAUCUGUACAGCUCGGAAGACAUGGGAGCAAUUAGCAUCUUUGAUUUUCAAAAGAUGAACUAGAUCGAGUGGAGAGUUAGUCUUAGUGCAGUGGAGCAUAAUGUUGGACUUGGACAUGGAAGACCUGUGAAGCUGGACUCACUUCAAGGCCCUGGCAGAUCCAGACAUUCUUGGCACCAGUACCCCAUUCAUAAAAUAGGAAUGAUGAAUUUUCCCUUGGGGUGGUGGAAAAACAGAAUUAAAUGCAGGGCCAGCCCAAGACAUUUCAGCACUUGAGGUGGACCCAAAAUGGCUCCCCCCUGCCCGCCAGGGAAGAAAGGGUAAGAGAGGAUCUACAUCUAUGAUUGGGAACAAGGGAGGAAGCAAAUCAACAUCAAGAUCUGCUGGUCCAGUGGAUUCUGCCGCCUGAGGCAGUUGCCACGCUGUACCUCAUGGGUGGGCCGGCCCCGAUUAAAUGUUGUGCGGGUAGGGUUGUGGCACUGCAGUAAAUGCAGCCUGCCGUGGGGGGUUCAAACCCAAGCUGCUUUCGCUCUGCAUAGCAUUACUAAAACACCUGCAUCUAGCCGCACAAGUCACAUUAUUUUGCAACUGGCUGUGUAAAUUGAGAAGUUGGAUUGGGUGUUGGAUCUGAAUCGGGGAGACCUGGCUCCGGCUCCCUGCACAUGCAUGAAGCUCACUGUGAAUGGACCUGGGCAAACCUACCUAGACCCCAAGAUGUAAGAGAUAACACAAAGCUUUUAUAGUACGCUGAGCUCAAGCACACACUCUCUGCCUGUGGCUUCCCACAACUGCUAUUCCUUUGGCUUCUUUUUUGCUUUGGAUCCCCUUUCAUGGUGCUGGUUCUAGCCUUCAGAGGACCAGUUACCUGCUCCCAUGUAGGGCUGCCUGGGAAUUGAGAUCAGUGUCCCUUGCUCUCAGCGCCAUCUCAGGAGACUCAGCAAGUGAACAUGACCCUGCAUUGCCCUCCCAGUUGGACUUGACCCAGCUCCCUCUUCAUGUGGCAUCUACCAGAAACAGAACACACCUUUACUUCAAUGGGGGGUUUCUUUGUGAGUGAAAGUAGCCAAGUCAUAUUCUUGCUAAUUUUAAUGUAUAACAUAACCGACUCUUGCAGCUGCCAGGCUUGUGUUUUUGUUUUGUUUUUCAGUUUUUGGUUGCAUUUCUUUGCAUUUUACUGAUCAUAUUAUAUCAGUAAUAUAUCCAAUAUUCUGUGGUAUCCAACGAGUGUGUCCUGUCAGCAUAAGGAUCAACGCUUGCUCAAUUAAACUUUCCUCUCCUGGCCCCCACACCCUGCACCCUUCCCCAAAUCUGCUUCAGGGGCUUGGGGGAACCCCAAAAACAGAUUUAAGGGGCGUCCAGGGAUUGGGGGGCACUUCCAUUGUGCAAGCAGAAAUCCUUACACUGAUCGGACAUGUUAGUUGAAAUACCAUCCUGUGCUUUCUUGGUUUUGUUGUGUGCCACUUUGAUUACUUUUAAUAAAGGGGCAGGCUAUAAGUUUAGUAUUAACCUUCCCUGCAGUGAGUGGCCACAGUGUUGGUGGUUGCUGUUGUGGUGGCUGGUGUUGUGGGGCUUGCCCUCGGUUCACUCAGGGCAGUGAGGAGGGCAAGCAAGUCUGGCUGAUGCGCCCUCAGACAUUCCCUGGAAUCCCUGCGCUCCUGUGGCAGGUAGCACAGCGUUCCUCGCCAAAAGGAUUGACGCGGACGUCGGCAGCCGGAAUGCAGAAAAUGCAGGAGCUGGUGCUUCUGAGCAACAUCACAUAGUCCGUAAAGCCUGUCAGUUGCACAAUGGAAUGGCAAAAGUGCUUCAUUUCCAGGAGCCGCUAUGAGCCGUCCUGACAGUUGGAGCUAUAAACUGAGCUGCCGUGUUUGGGGAGCAGCCUUCUGGGGCUGUAUUUCAUCGCUGGCUCCACUGCAAGUUAGCUGAGUAUAACCUGAGUGGCAGAUUCAGUGGGCAGCUUUUGAUCACAUCCUCUGGCUUCCUCUUAUGAGCUUCGUUUUGAAAAGUGGCGCUGAUGGACGCUCCACCAUGUGUCAGUCCAGCAAGAGCAGGGGCUUUUAAAGACAUUUUCAGGCAGCAGUUGGGAAGACCUCCUUUGACCUGCAGUGCAUCUCAACCGGGCCUGGAGCCAAUCCCCAUGAUGGCUGAUGGUGUUGGGGAAAAUAGUGCCCUGGUUUCUCCCUUGCAGCUGCUUAUUGUGGUAGCUUAAAGCAGUAGUGGGGGACACGGGUGGCGCUGUGGUGCAAACCACUGAGCCUUGGGCUUGGCGAUCGGAAGGUUGGCGGUUCAAGGCUCCAUGACAGGGUGAGCUCCCGUUGUUCGGUCCCAGUUCCUGCCAACCUAGCAGUUCAAAAGCAUGCAGUGCAAGUAGAUAAAUAGGUACCGCUCCGGCGGAAAGGUAAAUGGCAUUUCCAUGCUCUGCUCUGGCUUCGCCAGAAGCGGCUGAGUCAUGCUGGCCACAUGACCCGGAAAAACUAUCUGCGGAAGCGUACAAAUGCCGGCUCCCUUGGCCUGUAGAGUGAGAUGAGCGCUGCAACCCCAGAGUCAUUCGCAACUGGACUUAACUGUCAGGGAUACCUUUACCUUUACCUAAAGCAGCAGUGGUUAACCAGGUGCUUAGAGGGUAUUUAUUUUCUGCAUUUAUAUCUCACCUUCCUUACAUCCCAGAAGCCAAGGAUUCCCAGGCCGUCCACACAUCUAGGCACUGACCAGAACUAGACCUGCGUAGCUUCAACAAGCUUGCGGCCUCCUGUGCUUUCAGAACAUAUCCUCAGACAUGAGGGCUCCCGGAGUUUGUACCACAAAGCCAGCUCAGAACUUCACCAGCAGUUGGGAGGAGAUAGGACAACACUGGGCUUCAGGUGUUCGCUGGGCCCUCUCUCCCGAGUAUGUCUGUGUUGCGGAGGCAUAAAACCAGGGUUUGCGUCACAAAACUGGCUUGGAAUUUUGACAUAAGCAACGCUGGUUUAUGUGUGUUCAGUAGGAUCCUGCUUUUAAUAUGUCAGUGCGUACUUAUAGGUAGUGCCACAGAACAGAACACAAUUUUGAUUUUUGAAGGGUUUUCUGGGAUUGGACAGUUUGCAAUUAGCUUGGUUACUUUCUCUAAGGCAUUGAGUGGGCUGCUGUUCAGGUCUCAACCAGCCUGUUUAAUUUUGACCCCUCAGCAGUAAAGCCUGGCUAGUGGAAUUCCUUUUGACUUGAAGGCUUGCUGUAGACGAUCCUUGCGCCCAGUGGACUCUAGAGGAAGAGAUUGUGGCAUUUGCUCUGCAGUGCCGUGAACAAGAUAGCCCUGGCGGUUUGCUUUAACACCACAGUUGGUAGCCGUUUUUAAACGCAGGAGCUGAGCUGUUCUGGCUUUCGUCAGCCAUUUGAGAUGGUGAAUGGCCUGCCGCAAAUGAAGUGGAGUGAAUUGCUGCCUGUGUUCCAACGUUGCCCUGGACGCCACCCAAAUGUACCCCAGCGGGCCUUUUUCUAAGGCCGUAAAACUUCAAAGAGCCAUGGAGUUCUGUCGAGAGGGUGGAGGGCACGCAACCCACAGACAGGUUUCAUACCUUGCUCUAAAAAUAUCGCCAUGUGGCACAUCCUUCCCAGUUCUGGUCUUCUGGCCUGGCAGACCUAAAGAGCUGACAGUUAACCACAAUGGUAGGGUGUCUAGAAUAGAUGUGGAUGGAAGGAGGGAUUUGGAGGUAGUCUUGCUGUGAAGGGAAGUGCUCUUGUGCACCCCCCAUUCAUUUCAGGGGGGCUGAGAACUUCAGUCCGCAAGCCACCAUCCCGGUGGGCUGCAAUCCCUGCUGUUAAUUAGAGGAAGAGGGGAUACUAAAUCAUUUAGAUUUUUCUCUUUGGGCACCCCAACCAGGGUUAUACUGUAGGAUUCACAAGCUAGCAAAUGUAGGCUUUAUGAACAUGGCUGUGUGCAUUAUGCCCUUGGUGUGGCAGGGAGUUGAAAUUCUGCACUUGAAAUUCUGCACCAGGAAACACUGGGUUCUGCAAUAGAUAUAAAUUAUUUCACUUGGCAGAAUUUAUUCUCCAGUUUUUACUAUUUUGCAUAUGUCUUGCUUUGUUAGUCAAAGGGGAAGGGGGAGGAGUUUUGCCCAAGCCACCUCUGGUUUCUGCGGAGUCUUAGCAGACAUUGCCCCAUACGUUUCCCAGCACAUCUUUGCUGUCCCAUGAGGACUUGAAACAUGCUGAUGGGGGGGCGGGGUGUUAAAUGCGAAGCUUGGAGUUUUUUGGGAAGGUACAUUCUGCAUCCAGUAUUCUGUGGGCUUUCUGUGCUCCCCUGGAAUUUGUGGGUUUAACAUGGAGUUUCCUUCAGGUGCUGCGCGACUGUUUGCUGGAGAAAUUGUAUCAAUAGCCCGGGUCUGAAAUAUGCCAAAGAAUGCAGAGACAACAGCAAAGCUUCUUUUGCAGUCUCUGGCUGCUUUACAUGUCAACAGGCCACCAAAGUACCAUCUUUGAGACACAGUUUCCGCCACACACCUUUCUGGCUUUUGUUCUUUGUAGAACUUGCAACAUGUAUAGCAGCCGAAGGUAGUUUGCAAAAAUUCCCCUCUCUCCCUCUUUUUUGGUUUGAUUUCCAGGCCAAAAGCAGGCAGGCCAUUUUUAAUGUAGGAAAAGCCUCUUUCUGUGGAAAGGGUUAGGAUAGUGGUGGGGAACCUGGGGGCCUCAGGAUAAUGGUUAGACUCCACUUCCCAUCAGGCCCAGCCAGUGUGGCCAUUGGUCAGGGAUGAUGGAAGUUGUAGUCCAGGGACAUCUAGACAGUAUCAGGCACACAUCAUACUCUAAGACUUUCUCACUUAAAAUGCACAUACACCCAGAAAUGCAAAAGCACGAAUCAAUGUAGUCCUGUGGAACAUUUAGUAGGGCCCUCAUUGUUAAAAAUGAGUCGUGCCUCUAGUUUACUCAGGUCAGUAAUUCCCCAACUGCGUGCCAUGGUGAUGUUUGCAUGCAGCAAGAAAUUGAAUAAACGCUGCGAUGAUGAAUCCCAAGGCCUCCGAAAAGGCUGCUUGCUGGGUAUGUGUACGAUUCAUCACAGCUCUAGCCGUUCCCCUUUUCAGUCAGUCUCCCCUUGCAGGUACAGAGGUAGAGAUCUGACAGACGUGCGCAGUGAAUGUGAUUGGGUGCAGGAAAGCAAGCAGAAUUGCCCAAUACCUGAGAGGGGGUUGCCUGCUGCAUCUCUGUCUGAGUGGCUGUUCUGGAAGGCCCUUUAGAUCAGGGACUUGGGCAACAAAAAGGGGGUGGGAGAUAUGGGUUCCUCUAUGGUGUGUGAUUCUUCUGUGUUCAGAUGACAGGCAUGCUUAAGCUCUCAGAACCGACUCUGGCAUUGCCAUCAAUCUCCCCCCUGUCGGAUGUGGCUUGCCGGUCCCUGGACUGCAUCCUAGAGCAUCGCUGGUGGCGCUGAAUAGCUUCCAUACCCAAGUGCCGUGUCGCAGGGGUCCAGCCAGCCCUCCCGUCGCAUGCAGAGCCCUUUGCUGUCAGACUACAGACGCCAGUGUGAACAUUAGCAGAUCUGCGGAAUGUCUCCCAGCUCCGGCCGUGAUCUGUUUCUCUGAAGAUUUGAUUACGGUGUGGAUUCUAGAUCAUGGCCCGUAUGGCUAGCAACUUUUUUCUUGAUCUUUUUUCAUUUUCAGAGUUUAUAGUAACUGUCAAGGUCUUAUAAACAACAUGAGUCCACAUGUUCUGGAAGCCACAGGAAUGAAGAGGCAGCACCCUGGGCAAAAAGCAACCUGGUUUUAAUCUGUCUUCCACGUGCUGCAAUGCCUUUUGGUUUCUGUCUCUCCCCGCUGACAACCCCCCCCCCCCAAGCACAAAGUGUUGAAAGAAGCUCAAGCACAACAUCCCCUGCUCUGCUGGAAUAUUUUAGGCUUUUAUGUGUUCCCUCCCUCAUAAGCAGAAUCUCGUACCAGGGGAAGAAUUUGGCACCCUGAGAACAUCAGUUGUUGGGAAGAGCUGUAAAACUUUCCCUUGUUGGGCUGGCAUUCAACAUCUGGAUUAAGCUGACAUGUGUGCAGGAGGGUAACUUUAACUUCACUGGUGUGGUGGUCUUUUAAAAAAUGAAUCGUUUGCCCAUUGUGAGCCGCCAGGAAGAAAUGGAAGAGAGAACCAUAGAGUUGGAAGGGACCACACCGGUCAUCUAGUCCAACCCCCUGCAGUGCAGGAAUCUUUUGCCCAAUAUGGAGCUCGAACCCACAACUUUUGAGAUCAAGAGUUUUGUGCUCUGCUGACUGAGCUAUCCCAGGAGGAAUUGAACUGUGUAAAUUUUAAACCACAAAAAAGUUGUCAUGCAUGUGUGUGGUAUAUGGUGGGAGAAACAUGGUAGAAACGUGCUAAGAGGAAGGCACACUUGGCAAAUCCACACCGUGAUCAACUCUCACCCAGAAACCAAUGUCCCCACUGUGGAAGGACGUGUGGAUCCAGAAUUGGCGUCCAUGGUCACUUACGGACUCAUUGUUAAAACCGUGUUUAUGGAAGACAAUCUUACUCGGCUACGAGUGAUCGAAGAAGAAGAAGAUAUGGUGGGGGGGGAGAGAUGUUGUUGUUGUUGUUUAGUGGUGUCCACCUCUUUGUGACCCGCUGGACCAGAGCACGCCAGGCACUUCUGUCUUCCACUGCCUCCCGCAGUUUGGUCAAACUCAUGCUGGUAGCUUCGAGAACACUGUCCCACCAUCUUGUCCUCUGUCGUCCCCUUCUCCUUGUGCCCUCCAUCUUUCCCAACAUCAGGGUCUUUUCCAGGGAGUCUUCUCUUCUCAUGAGGUGGCCAAAGUCUUGGAGCCUCAGCUUCAGAAUCUGUCCUUCCAGUGAGCACUUAGGGCUGAUUUCCUUCAGAAUGGGGAGAGAUAACUUUAGAUAAAUUUACUUGUGAUUCAUAGAGACAUCACCUUGCCAACAAAGGUCCGUAUAGUUAAAGCCAUGGUUUUCCCAGUAGUGAUGUAUGGAAGUGAGAGCUGGACCAUCAAGAAGGCUGAUCGCCAAAGAAUUGAUGCUUUUGAAUUAUGGUGCUGGAGGAGACUCUUGAGAGUCCCAUGGACUGCAAGAAGAUCAAAUGUAUCCAUUCUUCAGGAAAUCAGCCCUGAGUGCUCACUGGAAGGACAGAUCCUGGAAGCUGAGACUCCAAUACUUUGGCCACCUCAUGAGAAGAGAAGACUCCCUGGAAAAGGCCCUGAUGUUGGGAAAGAUGGAGGGCACAAGGAGAAGGGGACGACAGAGGACGAGAUGGUUGGACGGUGUUCUCGAAGCUACAAACAUGAGUCUGACCAAACUGCGGGAGGCAGUGGAAGACAGGAGUGCCUGGCGUGCUCUGGUCCAUGGGGUCACGAAGAGUCGGACACGACUAAACGAAUAAACAACAACUUGUGAUUCAUAUAGAAUCAUAGAACUGUACAGUUGGAAAGGGACCCCCUGGGUCAUCUAGUCCAACCCCCUGCAAUGCAGGAAUCUCAACACGCCAUCCCCCAUCCAAUUUGAAACCAUACUGGACCCUUCUUAGCUUAGCAAAUGUGCUAUCAGUUUUAUUGCUGCACCACUGCUGUUACCAGUAACAGUCAGUGUUGCAGAUGCCUUCUUAAAAUGGCGUUGGCAUGUGUGCUAGGCUUCUCCAAGGGUGGGACCCUCAGGCCUAUAGUUGUUAAAUAUCUGCCUAUCAGACACCAAUGUUUGUCAUGGGACCUUGAUGGGCAAUUUAUAUAGGCAAAGUUACAGUGGGAGGGAGCAGUUGAGCCCCAGAGAAGUGCCAGGAGUGCAGAUGGCUAGCCUGCGCUUCUGCGUCAAGCCACUCCACCUCCCUGCCUCCGGGACAUGAUACAGGUGCCCUGUUUCUUUUGUACUUGAUUUAUUUCAGACUGCAUCCGACUCCUUCCUAAAGGAAAUCUGGAAAGCACUAUAAAGUAACAGAAAACAAUAGAAAACAGGGACACUCUCAGCAGCUCAGAAUAACUAAGAGGGCACAAAAGCCUGAUUAAUCAGAGUGACACAGGCCAGAAGGGUAUCCUCUUUGCAGAAAACUCGGGGGUGAAUUCCUUCUUGUCCCUGUCCUUGUUCUCUGAGACAGAGAAGCUUGUGGAGCUAAGCCUUGUGUAAAUGUCCAUGGGGGGGGAGCACUUAAAGUCCUCAUUAGUCUUUUAGUCACUUCGUCCCCCCCACCAACCCGAAUUGGUUCAGAGACUUCAAACCCAUCCAGUGAAAUAAAUGCCGAAUGCACGUAAAGCAGUUUCCUUGUUUUCUUUCGUCGUGGGCUUUUACGGAAACGCCGCUCCAUUCAUUACUCUAAAGCAAUUCUAAGCAUGCGGAGGAAUUGGCAUAGGAAGGAAUCAUAUUAGCGGCUUCCAUAAUUUGGUUUGAUUUAUUAGAGAAAAUUGAGUAACGGGGAGGAAUUGCAUCCUGCCUUUGGAACAUUCUUUCUGCCCUUGUCCAGAAAUGUACAGGCUGGCUUUGUUGACUCCAGCGCUAGGAUUUUCCUUCUUAUGGAAGGCAAGAGAGGAAUGGCAGCCCCUGCUGCCUAGGAAGAUAUUACGCCGUUAUUAUUAUUGUUGUUGUUGUUGUUGCUACUGAUUCAUGCCAUCCAGUUCAGAUUAGCACUUGGUCAGAUGAUUAAACCCAGGAUUCAGUUUGCUACUAAAGGGCAAGGAGAAUGGCAGGUGUGUUUUGAACAUAGUCUUCCUAGAUAAGUGUGAUCUAGUGCUUGGAGUCUCGGACCUAGACGAGGACCUGCGAAACCAGGGUUCAGAUCCCCACUCAGCCAAGAAAGCCCACUGGGUUACCUUGGGUGCCAGUCACUGCCUCUCUGAGCCUCACCUACCUCACAGGCUUGUUGUGAGGAUGAAAUGAAGUGAGGGGAAAGUAUGCAUGCCACUUUGAGCUCAUUGGAGGAAAGGUGGGAUAUAAACGGAACGGUGAAUGAAUAAACCAAUUUGUUUAAAGGAUCACAGAAUUGUGUUUGGAAUCCCCUGCACCUUGAUGGGUUUCCCUUCUGCAGUUUUGUUUUGUUUUAUACUUGUGUUUUAAACCUUGCCCCUUCUCUCUUGCAGGUCAGCCAGUUCAGGCAGCUGUAUUCCAAAGUCAUCAACGAUAAACACGACGAUGUGAUGGCCAAGUUUGGAGCAAUCCUGGCUCAGGGCAUAUUGGACGCAGGUGAUUUCUGCUGCUGCAAGGAGGUGUUGGGUUCAGUCAAUUCCUUUUCAUUUUAUUGUUCAGUUCGCUGAACAAAUCGGUUGGAACAUGCAGACUUGCACGAAGCCCAGUGUAAGGUUUUUCCUAGCCACGCUGAUCUCUCCACUUCCCCCACAGAAUGUGUACCUUGCCGCCGUCCUUGUUUUCCUUUAAGUACUUUGAGUGAUUAUGAAAUUAUGGUAAUGGGUUUAUUUGUAUAGUCCUAUCAGUAUGCACAGGGCUUUACAGAUUGCCCAUCUUGUCUGCUGUAGCAAAGCAAAGCGAGGCAUUGUGUCCUUGGAUAGUCAAGACUCUGCCUUGAAGCAUCUGCAGUCAUUACGUAUGUGUGUCAUUUCCAGGUUUCACGGGACAGCUUUUAUUUUUUUUUAAAGGAUCCUGGCCUUUGAUGCGCAUAGGGAUGCUCCUGGCGUGGAGACUAAAAGCUGGCAGAUUUGUUAAUACCUAAUAUUUAGAAUUUGCGAAUAACGUCCACAGUGCUUCAUGUGCAUUGUCUCAGUAAUUGUUACAGCAGCCCUGCAAGUUAGAGGCUGAGCCCUGUAGCUGGAUCAGACCCAAAGGGGGACUCUGCUGAAAAGCAGGAUAAUAUCCCUCUGGAUCACACCAAAGGAGCCUCUAUUGCAGCUUCCUGUUCUCACAGUGACCAACUAGAUCCCUCUGGGAAGCCCAUAGGCAGGACCUGAGUGCAACAGCGCACUCUCCAGCAAGUGGUGCUCAGAGGCAUGCUGCUUCCGACUGGGGGACCAGGGCAUAGUCAUUGUGGCUGGUAGCUAUGGAUGGCCUUACCUUGCAUGGAUUGGUCCAAGCUCCUUUUAAAGCUGCCCUGGUUGGUGGCCACCCAGGAUGAUGUUCACCCUCAUUUUGCAGAAGCUGAGAGAUACUGGCUUGCCUGAGGCCGCCUCACAGAAUUCAUGGGAGCUUUGAGCGGUCAAAUGCAUCUGCAAGGGGCAGCAGCAGUCCUGAAGGCUCCUCGGUUUCUAUCUAGCGUUAAGCUCCUGCACCCAAUCUGCAGUCGCUGUCCAACCUGCUUUGGAUGUCUUCAUCGCAUUCGUAAACAACUCACUAGUUCCCCCGAGUUGUUAAAGCACCAAUAGCACAUCAGCAACACGAAGAGCCAAAUGAGAUUCUGUCUUUUGGAUUUUAUUGCUUGCGUGAAUCACUUGGCUGACACGUCCUGAAAUUGGACCUGCCUCGGGUUGUUGGUUGUCUGCACAAACAGGGCUGACCUUUCUUCUCAGGGAUGCAUAUCUCAGGUUGUCCCUACAUUGUCACAGAAGAUUUACAGCUGCUUGCUGAUGCGAAGACGUGGUUCUCUGUUUGAGGGAUGGAGUGAUAACAUCUCGGGGCUUGGGGACCUUAUUUCUCAGCUCCCAUAGAGAAUUUCCAGGCCACAGAGUCCCAUGUGACUUGAUCUCCAGAACUCCAGAUCUUUCUGGGAGAAAGGCAUCUAUAAAUCUCUCUGGCUGUAACUCAGCCUUUUCCAAGCUUCUGCCCUCCAGAUGUUUUGAACUGCAAUUCCCAUCAGUCCCAGCCAGCACGAUUUUGGCAGCUAAGCCUUGGUUAAAGGUGAGAAAGGUGGGCAAGCCAGAAAGGAUAAGUUGGGAUGCUACCAGUGCAUGAACCAGUCAUGGGGAGGAAAAUGCAAGGUGGCAGUUUUGUUUCAUUUUCAAAAUUGCCCAGAGUUGAAAAUGAAUGUGCAGAGCAAAAGAAAGACAGCAAAUAAACCAGUUUCCUGCUUCUGAGCAGAGUGCUGUAUGAGUUAUGUGAAUAAGUAGUUCAACCCCACAUUCUUCACGAGUUUAAUAAAAUGCCGAAAAAUUGGCUUUGAAAGUGGCAGAAUGUGGCUACAGAAAAAUCACUCCUUACCAGCUCGGCACAAAUUGAUCUUGAGUUGGAAGAAUUCCUAGCAAUCCUGUUUUCUGAAUUGCUUCUAAGCCCUGUUUCAAGGGCUUGUCCCUUCAACCCCUGGUGAUGCUUCUGAGAUGAGCAGCAGAGCAAGAUCCCAUAACUUUCCUGCUCUCAGACAGGCCCUGAGGACAGGGAGCCAAGAGAAAGUUUGGGUGUCAUGCAAAGAGAACAGAAACCGUGAGAGUGUGAAUGCAAUGCUUGAGGGCUGAGGUCACCUUCUCCAGAAAUGACAAGAUUUUAGGCAGGCGAAGUCAAGAGGCUAAAUGUUGAAAAAUAAAAUUCCAAAGUUGUUUAAACCGAAGUCAUGAUGGGUUUCAGCAGGGUGUGCUUGGCAAGUGAACACAGCCUGAAGCAACUGUGUGUGUGUGUGUGUGUGUGUGUGUGUGUGUGUGUAAGAGAGAGAGAGAUCUCACUACUCAUUAGCAGGGAGCCCCUUCCCAACUUAAGCAAUCCAGAGUGAUCCUGUAGAACUCAACUAUACUGCACCCUUUUCAGAAUACACCUUACAAAUUCAGAACUUUCUGGUUGCUCUGGUCGUGGUGUUUACUUUCUGGCCAAAUCUGGACCAUUGUCAGCCUAAGAACUGCACUCCCAGGCAGGUCUGCUACAGGUCUGAUGGCUGAGGAGGUCCUCCAUAGUCUCUCUCUCCCCCGCCCCCCCAUGUAAAAGGGCUUGAAGUUUGAUUGCAUCUUAAAUAGAUUAGGCCCACUGCCCUCUGCCUUAUCAGCAGCAAUGAAUAUGCCGGUGGCCUUCUUCAGCUCCCAUCUGCCUAACUGGUUGGAAGCCCUGAAAAUCCGAUUAACACCUUCCCACUCCCUCUGUGGGCCUAACCUUUCUGUUUGGCUUUGGCUGGGAGCUUCUGCGUUGCGUCAACCUGAUGAGCUCUCUGAUCUCUGCUUUGCAAGGAUGAAAUUAAGGGGUUUGGUUAUCUGGCAGGAUUAAUUCUGCUGCUGAGAUUUAUAACCCGUAGGAAGAAGGAAGUAGAAUCUGAAGCUGCUUCUGGUCGAGAGGGGGAAUGUAAUCUCUUGCAGACUUUCCCCUUCUUCCUAGUUUAGUUAUUAGGCACAGGAAGAUCGGAGGUUUCUGGAUGGGGGGAAAGGAUGGAGAAGUAAUUUUGCUUCCAGGCAAGUGGAAAUAAGGGAGAAGGAGAGAGAAUGGAGCAGAGAGAUACUAAUUUAUUUGUAUUUAUUAUUUUCAUUUAGGAAAAAAAUAUAAACCUCUUAGAAAAAAUCUCUUAAGUGGUGUACAGUAUAUAAAAUAAUUAGCAACAAUACAAAGAUGAAAUCAGCAAAGCCUACAUAGGUGGAUUAUACCUCUGACUAUUAUAUCAGACAUUCUGCCACAUACCUUCAUGACAGCUGAGUCAAAGCUCUGUAUUCCGAGCAUGUUACCUCAGAAUUCCUGGUGUUGGAGGGGAAAUAAUAAAAGAGACAUGUUAUUCUUAAGUUCUGAGAAACAUCUGGCUGACCACUGCUUGCAAAGCCCGUCACUAAGCUAGAGCAACGGAUGCUUUGAUCCUGAAGAGCUUUUUUUGCAUUCUUAGCCGCUUUCCAAGUGCUCACUGUGGUAGGUUCCUAGAGAGGGAUCGUAGAAUCGUAGAGUUGGAAGGGACCACGGGGGUCAUCUAGUCCAACCCCCUGCAAUGCAGGAAUCCUUUGAGGGGCUCAAACCCACGACCCUGAAAUUAACAGCCUCAUGCUCUGCCCCCUGAGUUAUCCCAGUGUUUCUAAGAAUGACCGGCCACAACAGGCAAAUGAUGGCUACCGCUCACUCUGAAUGAGGAUUUGCAAGAAUUGUUCUAAGUAAGUGAACAAAAAGCGGUUGGCUUGUUAGCCCUGCGCCAGCCUUCAGCAACCUUGCAGGGACACAGAAUUGUAGCCCAAAACAUCUACUGGGCACCAGAUUGGGGAAGCCUGGUUUAUACCCAGUUGAAUUGACACGGGUGGGAGUGGGGGGGGGGACUCUUUCUACUGUCUUGUUCUUCCCAGUUUGAUUUCCUUUUACUUAUUGUUUUAUUUCAAUGUUUGGUAUACCAUUUAAUCACAGUCACUUCUUGGAGAAGAGACCCGCCCGAACCUCAUGGAACUGCAGUGGCUCUUCUGGGCCCAGUGUGGUGUAGUGGUUAAGAACAGUGGACUUGUAAUCUGGGGAACCGGGUUCGAUUCCCCGCUCCUCCACAUGCAGCUGCUGGGUGACCUUGGGCCAGUCACACUUCUCUGAAGUCUCUCAGCCCCACUCACCUCACAGAGUGUUUGUUGUGGGGGAGGAAGGGGAAGGAGAAUGUUAGCUGCUUUGAGACUCCUUAGGGUAGUGAUAAAGUGGGAUAUCAAAUCCAAAACUCUUCUUCUCUUCUUCUUCUUUGUAAAUCCAAUCAACCCUCACCUCCCGUGUUUCUUUUGUGCUACCUCCCCAGGCGGCCACAACGUGACUAUUUCUCUGCAGUCGAGGACUGGACACACACACAUGCCUUCGGUGGUCGGCGUUCUGGUCUUCACCCAGUUCUGGUUCUGGUUUCCUCUCUCUCACUUCUUGUCGCUGGCCUUCACCCCGACCUGCGUCAUCGGCCUUAACAAGGACCUCAAGGUACGUCCUUCCAGGGGCCAAAAUGGCGUUGCGUCGGUCAGAAUGGCCUGGUGGCAUUCUGCGUGCUCCAGAGUUGCCUCUUACCUGCCCAACCCAGUGAAGAAGAGUUUUAGAAGAGUUUGGUGCUGACCUUUAAAGCCCUAAACGGCCUUGGCCCAGUAUACCUGAAGGAGCAUCUCCACCCCCAUCAUUCAGCCCAGACACUGAGGUCCAGCUCCAAGGGCCUUCUGGCAGUUCCCUGAUUGUGAGAAGCGAGGUUAUAGGGAACCAGGCAGAGGGCCUUCUCGGUAAUGGCACCCGCCCUGUGGAAAGGAAAUAAACAACUAUCUGACUUUUAGAAGACAUCUGAAGGCAGCCCUGUUCAGGGAAGUUUUUAAUGUUUGAUGUUUUAUCGUGUUUUUAAUAUUCUGUUGGGAGCUGCCCAGAGUGGCUGGGGAAACCCAGCCAGAUGGGUGGGGUAUAAAUAAUAAAUUGUUGUUGUUGUUGGUUGUGUAAAUAGGUUUGGCCUUGUCUUGCCCCUGGGGUUUUUGCUUUCAGCUGUUGAGCAUUGUGAUUUCCAAGCUGAGCAUGGUAGUACACAUGCAGGCCUGUAGAGCCAAAGGUCUUGGAUCUAAUAUUUUAUCAUCUCCUUUAAAAAGGGAAUUAAUUAAUGGGUGAUUUGAAAAGCCUUUCCCCCUCUUGCCUGAGACCCUGGAGAGGAACUGCUAAUCAGAGCAGGAAACACCAUCCUGGAAGGACCAAUAAUCCUACUCAUUGCAUAGCAGCUUCCUUAUAAUGGACAAACAGGUGUUUUGCCUGCAGAAGGUACCUGGUUUAAUCCCCAGCAUCUCCUGUGAAAGGGACCCUGGGUGGCAGAGCUGGAAAAAUACCCUCUUGGGACUUUAGGGAGCAGCAGCUACCUGGAGAAGCCCAUCCUAGGCCAGGUGGAUCAGUGGUCUGACCUCAUCGCAAGUCUGUCCCCAAAACCAAGGCGAUGGUUUGGUCCUUUAACAGUUUCAGGGGAACCGCCUUCAGAUUCUCAGUUUCCGGCUUCUCCUUAAGCCCGAACUGCUGAUCUCUCUCCUCUUCAGCACCACCCUUUCAAAUAGAUUUGUGGGAUGCAAUUAUACUCCCUUUCGUUAAGUUCGGGCGCCGUUUGAUUCCUGUGGGCGAAAAGGGGAGCCAGCAGUGAGCACAGCAUCACAUCGGCGCUCUCAAAGGUUAAUCUUUCAAGCUUCCCCCUCUGAGAGGAUAUUGCGCCCCCAGCUAUGGAAAGCAGGAUGAGAAUCUGCAUCAGCCAGGAGGCAGGAGAAGAAGGGAGCCGUUUCCUGGCAACGUUAAGGAAAGUGAUUGUAAAUCGCCAGGGUCGUGGUAGGUAGCUUAAGAUUCAGGGUGGAGGGCAGGUUUUGAAGUUGGCGUCCCUCUGGUUAAGGGGGGCAGGGAAAAUGCAGAGCAAACUGAAGCCGCCUCAUUCCUCCUCUGCCACUUCCUGAACACUGCUGGAGACUUUUAUCUCAGGGGUGGCUUAGGAAAAAUGACUUGCCAGCUUGGAGAGUAGAGAUGAUUUUAUUUCGGACUCUGCUGCCGCCGCCGAUUUGCACAGCCCUCUUACCGCCAUCCUCAAAAUGCAGUCUUUGCUUUUAUCCUUUUAACAGGCAGAACCAGGGCUCCGGGCAGUCCUUGUACUUGCAGCUCCCUCACCUUCAGCAUCCUGAGAAUAAUUUUUCAAGAGACAUUUCUAGGCUGCAAGUAGAAGUUUCAGAAUGUGCAAGAAGUGCCUGGUCGGAACCUGGGGGCUUCUGCCAAUAGGAGAAGAAUAUAUUAUAUUUACAGUACAGAUUUCAGGUUGCUUUUCUGCAUCCUUCUCCAGCUUCUUGCCUUCCAGAUGUUUUAAACUCAGCCGCGCAGGGUGGUGCUAAUAAGAGUUCUAGUCCCAAACCUCUGGAGGGCACCAGGUUGGUGAAGGACUCAGAAAAGCAAUUGCAUUACUUUAUUAUGUGAACGUAUGGAGCUGUUUUUUACUGAGUUAGAUUAUUGGUCCUUCUAGUCCAGUAUUGUCUACUCUGACUGGCAGCGGCUUUCUGCAGUCUCUGGAAGAGAGACCAUUCCCAAGCCUUGCUUCCUGUAUCUGGAGAUGUUGGGGAGUGAAACCCAAUAUCGCCUACUUUGACUGCCAGCAUCCCUUCAAGGUGCUAGAUGGAAGGUUUCCCAGAAUUUUUAACUAGUAAUCCCAGGGAUUGAACUGAUGACCUCCUGCAAGCAAGUCAGGUGCUCUACCAUGGACCUGAGGCCCUCUCCCCCAACUAAGUCCAUUGAAUCUGUGGUGUGAAGGACUGUAGACGUUCCCAAGCAGGCCAGGCUGUGGGGUAAGCACUUUCCAAGCUUUCCCGAAGAGGGAGGUGCAGAGAGAAUUGCCAUGUGAAAAUACCCAGUGAGACGAGAAGCCUCUUCCUGACUACUCUCUGCUUGCUGCCCAAAGCUGCUUGUUCUUGGGUCUGCACAACUGCAUCUGUGUCCAUGGCCAUGAUUCAGAGCAGUUGUGUCCUGGGGAAAUCAAACCUGAGGGAAAUGCCGUCUCAGAAGUAACUCGGAUUCUGCAACGACAGCAAGCCGAAUUCAGCAAUGUGUUUUGCAGGCUGGGCACAUGCCACCUCUCCGCCUGAAUUUCGCAUACUUCAGGCUACCCUUUUAUCCCUGCAAAUCCAGCAAGAUCACCUUGAGCUGAACGAUUGGCGCAGGCGGCAGAUCGGUUCUCAGAGAAAAACAGAUGAGCGGAUAAACCUGCUUUCUGCAGUCUCGUCUCAGUCUGUGAAGUACAAGAUUGAACUCUCCACGAUAUGUAAAAAAAAUAUGUCCCUGCGCAUAGGGGACUAGCUUAUGUGAGAUAUGGUUGCGUUAAGACCCUUUGAGGGCGGAGGGGACCCAAUCACAAAGGCCCCAUGUGGUACAGUCCACAAACAGGCUCAUCUGCUCUCAGUUAUAAUUUGGCCUUGGAAGUCAGCGGCCAGUGGCCACACUUACCAAAGGCAGUCUUGCCAGUGUUACUUUAGGUACUUGUGCUUGAUCCUAAUUCAGGAUCCGCACAAUGAAGUUUGUAGGAUUUUGACAGGCGUCACAGCAGGGAAGGAAAUUGCAUGUGAAAUCCCUCAGAAGACUUAUGUCGAAUAAAGAGUGUGUCUUUCCACUCCCCCCAUCCUCCCUGGCCUUUUUAUUUCACUGUAGCCUUUGCAAGACGCUCCUUCCGUCUUUCCUCUAGCCUCACAAGGGCUAGAAACUUGGGCAUGUGUGAAUGUGAGAUUCUCAAGAUGCUGAAUUCUGAACCUGCCACCAAACCCCACACUUUCUGUUUGCCCAGCCCUGCCUUCAACAUCCCUUUUUCAGUCAUGGCCGAAAUGUGAAAAGCCGGUAGAGAACGCAAGAGCACAAACAGUGCUCUGUACCGUGUGGGAGCCAGCAAGAGCUCAACUGCCUCACCGGGACUAAAUUGCCUGGUAAUGGAAUAAUGAUGUUUCAGUCCCCGAUGGCUCAGAAGCUUCCGGCGAGUGGCAGAGGCAGCAUUUGUGCUUCACCUGGCUUGUGUGCGUCUCCCAACGAGGGCACCGCACGAGGCUACCGCUUUGCUCCCCGGCCUUCCGCCAUGCCUGUCCAGCUUUGCCCUCCAAACGCUCUCUCUCUCUUCCUUUUGCAGAUGCCAAAAGUGCAGUACAGAUCCAACGUCAAGCCCUCCACGUUUGCCUACCCAGCCCCGCUGGAGGUGCCGAAAGAGAAGGAGAAAGAAAAGGUGGGUGAACGGCCUCCCUGUUUCCAUGUGGGCUGCUUGGCUUUGUGCGCAGACAGAACAAACAGUUGCCCCUGCUGCUGCUACAUUGGGACCCCUUCACGUGUCUCGAGGCUUCUCUGCCCCUGAGAUCAUAGCCGAAAUUGCCCCUCUGUGCGAUUUCAAACAAUGUGUGGUAGAAAACCUUAAGUUUGCCCUGAAACGGUGGGCCUGGCAGGGAGCAGGGGGCAGUCCUGAAUCCCUGGUGCUUCCCUCCCUCAUUUCAAACAUACACUUUUAUUGGUCAUAGAUUAUGGGUGGAAUUCAGUGUAGUGCUAAGGAGAUUGGUCAGUUGGUGUGAGCAUCUCUGUUUGCCCAGUGGGAUGGUCUUCCCUCUCCUCCCCCAGUGUUCUUGGGGAAAGCCCUCUUGCGCUAGCUUCCACUAAUGGCCCAGCAUUUUCAGAUGUACACUAUUAGUAUUAAUGGGUGUACACGGAUCUGUCAAAAUGUAAUGUGUGAAUUAACCCCAAAAGCAGCCCUCAAAGGAUGCUGCCUCUGCGUGCUCAGAAAGGAUAUGAGGCCAACUGGGAGGCUCUCCCUGCUCCAGGGACUCUUUCAGAGAAGCAUUGGAAGGCUCCUCAGGAGAUUAAGAGCUCCUGCUUUCUCACCCUCUGAAAACAAACCUUUUGAGAAGCAAGAGUGAACUAGGCCUCCAACUUUGGGGCCCUCUAAUCUUGGGGGCUUCAUGGGCUGACCCUCCUUCUUCCACCCCUCUUCACACACACACUUCCCCCACUCCAGUUGGGGCCUCCUGCCCCCCUGCCAUAUCUGCGCCUGACCCUCAGAGCACCAUUAUUGGCUUGUUCUCCUGAAAGCCUUUUGUUGUUCUCACGCUCAGGUUUCUACUGCUGUGCUGUCCAUCACGGCAAAGGCUAAGAAGAAGGAGAAAGAGAAGGAGAAAGAGAAGAAGGAAGAGGAGAAAAUGGAAGUGGUGAGUCUAUAAUCUCCCAUCCUCUGAAUCAUCGUCCAGGAAUGCUGUUCCAGGGCAUUGAUCUAGGAAGCAUGACCUCUGGAGCCACUUCAUGGUGGUCAAACUCUCCUCUUCUCUAUCAGUGGGUUCCUUAGGCAUCAGUAAGGACUCACCAACUCCAUUCAUUGUCAGUCAAGAGGGAGUCAACAUUAAAUUGACACUGCAGUUGGAAGAGAGAGAAGCAGUGACCUUAGUCUAACAUCCCUGUGCUGCAAAGCACUAGUAAGAUCUUGGCUAUACCCUAAAUCCAGCAAACCCUGAAUGAAUUCAGUCAAUGUGGUUUCAUCCCAUAGUUAAGUGGCGUUUGCAGUUACCUUACGGUGGUACCUGAAUUGAACAAGUUUAUUUGGAAAAACCACCAUGUUUUGCCGAACCUUCAGGAAACUCUCUGGCUUGCAGAGACUGUGGUGUCUGGAGCUGGUCAAGCAUGGAGAGGGAGACAGAAGCCUAGCUAUGGGCCGUGGGGCAGGGAGGGACCCUGCUCCCUCUGCCUGGCCCUUAUUUGCUCAUCUCACUCUCUGGCCUUCAGUUGGGCCCCAGAGAAAGCCCCAAAGGAACGGAAGGCAGGCCGAAGAGGGGCAAAGACGUGAUUGCUGCAAGCGGGACAGAGGCAGUUUUAUCCAAGCUGACCAGUUUCGGAAGUGGAUGAGGAGGCUGCUUCUGAGGAGGGCAGCCUUGCUUCUACUCUGGCCAAGCUAACUUGGAGUGAGUUCUUUAGAAGAGGAGAACAGACAUGGGGAAAUGCAAAACUGAGUGCUGAGCUACAUCAAAUAUUCCCAUUUUUCAGUGUUCUCCGGGUAUCUGGUUGGAUUGUCCCGGGGCACUAAUUUUUCCCUAAGAGGCUGAGAUGUCGCCAGAUGAGGCUCCCUUUUUAUAGCUCCUAAUAUUUGGAAUCAGAGAAGAAUCUUGCAGUUGCCACCACCCCAGGAGCCUCUUGGGGUCUUCACCUUCCUUUGUAGCAUGUGGCCUGGAUCACUUGCUUGAGUCAUUUGCUCAGAAGUUGCCUUGGGGUGGUGCUCCCAUGUUUCUUCCUCCCACCCCCUUUCUCUUUCUGGUCGGUGCAGGGCCAGUGUUGAGAGACUGACCCACACGCCAGCCGAAACCCCUGGCCCCACUGCUCCCUGCUGUCCCUCCCUGUUCUUCUGCCCAGGGUGGGUAAGCAGCAAGCUGUGUUCCCUCCCACCCUGGCUUGUCUUUUGCUUUUGGGGGGUGGGGGGUGGAGGUGGCAUGAACUGGGUGCAGAUGUGAAGGCCCAGCAGUCAAGGGGGCAGUAGGAGCAGUGGGGAGAACUAAAAAAUGGAAGCAAGCACUGGGGAAGUUGGUUUGGGCAUUUAUGUGCUGCAACCUUCCCUAGUAGUUUUGGACUACAACUCCCAUCAUUCCCUGCAAGUGCGGCCAUCACCCUCCAGUUGUAGUCCUGAACAUCCGGGGAAGGCUGAGAGAGCACUUGAAGGAGCUUUCAUGCGCAGCUAUCCUUCCAUCUGAAGGACAGGACAUUCUUUCUUAGUACCCCCACAUUACUGAGCGAGGGGGACCACCCAUUGAGUUCAUAGCCGAGUCAAGAAACUGAAGCUGAAGCCUGUUUGGAUCUUUCCACUCUCCUCUGUCUUCCGCUCCGGCCGCCUUCAUCUUUGUGUCCUUUUGGCUCUGGGGUGUCUUCUAUUGUCCGGGCAACUUUUCUUCCCAACUCUCUGGGAACUGAAAGCCCUCUUCCUGUGUUGUCCAAACAUGCGGCCGUACCUGUGAAGGGGGGAAAACAUGACACAGGCCCAGAGGCAUUUUAACAAGGCUGAAGGAAAGCCUUCCUUCCACCAGCCCACGAGGGGAGCAAAGUGUACCUGAAGUAGCCUCCAGAGAGCUAUCAAUCCCGGCCGAUUUCUCACUGCUGCCAUCUUUGGAGACAGCUUUAUGGCUCAGAAAAACACCCAUCGUUGAGCUUCGGACGGGACAGGAUAAAGUUCUGCUUCUUUUUAAAAUUUGCAGCCAACCCAUUAAGGCUGCCUGGCGUGCCUGGAUUUUGGCUUCGUUUUGCUUUAUUAUUCAUUGACGUGGGGCACGUCUGUGCUGGUACGAAGGCUGGACGAUGGGCAGGUUCUGCUGUGGCUCCAGGUCCUGUCCUCUCGUAUGUAUUUGGCUGUGUGUGUUUUUAACGCCUCCUUCCUCCCGUCCCCAAACAGGACGAAACCGAGAAGAAGGAUGAGAAGGAGAAGAAAAAAGAGCCUGAGCCGUCCUUCCAGCUCCUUGACAAUCCGGCCCGGGUGAUGCCCGCCCAGCUCAAGGUCCUCACCAUGCCGGAAAGCUGCCGAUACCAGCCUUUCAAGACCGUGAGUCGAGCGCAUAUCUCUCCUCUGACGACCCUCUUCACACCAUAAAGCGGGGGGUGGGGGACCUGUGGCACUUUCUGGGUGUUGUUGGACUUGACGACCCAUCAGCCCCACCCAGCAUGGCUCCUGGGCAGGGGAACGAUGGGAUUUGUAGUCCAGCAGCAUCUGGGGGAGGGGGAAGGCGACAGAUUCCUCCCACUUACCAUGUCAUUGGCUUUGAGCAGGUUAAAUCAUAUUUAACUAUAGGACCCUUCACUAGAAGGUUUUGAAACAGGAAUAGUCAGAUUCAUGGAGGAGAGGGCUAUCAAUGCCUGCUCUCCCCAGACCCUGCGAUCAUCAUGAGAGGCCCUUCUUCAUGUGCCUCCUCCACAAGAGGUCCAGAGGGUGGCAACACGAGAACAGGGCCUUUUCUGCGGUGGCUCCUCGUUUAUGAAAUGUGCUCCCCAGGGAGGUGUGCCUGAUGCCUUCAUUAUACACUUUUAGGUGCCAGGCAAAAAAAUUUAAAAAUGGUGUGGCACAAGCUGCCAAGGAAAUGAAACAACUAUCUGACUUUUAGGAGACACCUGCAGGCAGCCCUGUAUCGAAAUUUUUAAUGUGUGAUGUUUUACAAUCUUUUAUAUAUGCUGUAAGCUGCCCAGAGUGGCUGGGGGAACACAGCCAGAUGAGUAGGGUAAUGAUGAUGAUAAUAAAUAAUUUAAUUCUGAAAGUGUGGUGCAGUAAAAAAAAGUUUGAGAAGCACUGCCUUAGGCCACCUCUGUCUCCUCUUCAUUGCAUUAUGGCUUAUGCAAGAGACCUUCCUGGUAGAUUCUUUUCUCUCUGCUAGGUGAGGGCCAGUGGGCCGUUUCCAGUCAGGAUUACCUUGGAGAGGCUGGACUUCUUUGCCGCCUCCUGCAGAUGUCCCUUUGCUGGGCAGGGUGCCAGAAAGGGGGCAGAGAUUGUCAGGUGGCUAAAUUUAGCUGCAGCCGCAAUUAAACAAGGGGGUGGGGCCAGGUCUUGCCCCCUCCCCCUGCUCUGGAUUGGCUGGCUUGUGAUGCAGCUUUUGCAUGACCCUGACUCUCUGGCCCCUGACCCAGCAGCCUCAGGGAACCUUGAACUCACGUUGUGCUCCUCUUUCUCCAGCUUUCCAUUGGGGGCAUCAUUGUCUUGAGAGACACCAGCGAGGACACAGAAGAGCUGGUGGAGCCCGUGGCUGCUCAUGGGCCGAAGAUUGAGGAGGAGGAGCAGGAACCGGAGCCUCCGGAGCCUUUUGAGUACAUUGAUGACUAAGACACGGGGGUACGUAAGAGGGAGACGUCCCUGCCUGGGCUGAUCCUAACCCAAGACAGCGCCCCUGAGGAAAUCACAUGUGCAGGGGACGAUGGACCUUGCCGUAUUCUGAUAUUCAGAGGUAUGCUGCCUUUGGAUGUGGAAGCUCCAUUACUGUCAUUCAGGAUCAAUAGCCAACAAGAAGCCAGUUGACAGAGUCGCCCAAUGACAGGGCCGGCCUCGACAUUAUGUGGCAACAAGCACCGUGGUUAGUCCCAUGUUGAGGAAAGUCAGGCUUUGCUCUUACCCACCUGCUCUCAAAACAACAGGAGCAGUACGACAUUCACUAGCUUUCUAAAAUCCAGUACAGUCGUACCUCGGGUUGCGAACACUGUAGGUUGCACGUUUUCGGGUUAUGGACCGCGCCAAACCUGGAAGUACCGGAACAGGUUACUUCCAGGUUUUGGUGCUCGCGCAUGUGCAGAAGCGCCAAAUCACGUCAUGCGCGUGUGCAGACGCGGUGCUGCGGGUUGCGAAUGUGCCUCCUGCACAGAUCACGUUCGCAACCCAAGGUAUGACUGUGGAUUGAACUGGUUUCUGCACAGAGAACUGCACACAAAACUGGCAAAUAAUUCAGUAGCUGUUGAGAACUGAACCAGGCUGGGCAGAGUGCAGAAUUCUCAGCUCUGCCUGUACCAUUUGGCUCCAUCGUUCCCUGUGCCAUUUCAUUCCCACAGGCAGCCUUGUGCCUUGGCCAGGGCUGUGCCUCUUCUGCAGCGUGGCAGGUCCUGGACAUCAGCUCUGGAUUCCUGGACUGGUGUUGAGGGCUCUUGCCAGGCUGGAUGGCUCAGAGGGUCAGCUUCGAUUUCUGCUUUGACUGGGUCUGCUGAAACCCAAGCCUCACCUUCAGGUUUCUUGUAGAGUCAGCUGUUAAUCAGCUGCAGUCUUUGGAGCAGGGGAGUUAGAAGCCCGUUUGCCAUAUCUCCAGCUGCUAACAGCACCUUAAUCACAAAUGAUGACCUUGCGGGCAAGUUCGUGGCUGAAGAAAUCAGUCGGUUCGGCUUCCCCUCCCAAAAAGCAAGCCAUGUUCUGGAAGUGUUGUCGUUUUUCCUGAACCGCUGAAAUGAUGUCCAUGCAUUGCAGGUUAAUCUGAAGAACUGGAAUGGGUUGCUUAGAAGAUGCUUGCUCCAGGAAGCUCCUUGGGCCUUCCUCAACCUCUGGCACCUCCCAGGUGUUCUGGACUGCAGUCCAAAAGCAUUUGAGGGCGCCAGCUUGGGGGGCGGCUGGGAUAGGUCGCCCAGUAAAACAUUUCAGAGAGUAGCCUUGAAGGGUGGCUGAGACCUUACCGUUUCGCCUCUGCAGCUGAGUGAAUCUGGGCCCAGAAUCGGAGGAAUGCACCGUGUGGUGGUAGAGCUGUGGUUGCCACUAACUCCUUGCCUUUUUUUUGUGUCUCCGCUGUCCUUUAUUUUUCUCCCCCUCCUAGGGCCCUUAAAGGAAGCUUGGUGCGCAUUACGUCUGAAAUGGAGGAAACGGCCCGGAGGAGGCUCUUGCUGCAGCCUGCAGCUCAGUGCAUGCUCUGUCGCUUCUGUGCUGACCGGCAGCAGGCAGUCCACAUUUUAUGGGUGACAAAAGGAAAAACCUAUGCUCUCUUUAGUGUACUCUUUCACGAGAAACCAGUUUUCAAAAUAAAUAAAUUAAAAAACCCAAGCGGUGGCUUUGUUCUUCAUUAUUCCUCGCCUGCAACUUCAGGAAGAUGUGAGAUGAGUUUCACAGCCUCACUUGCCUUUGU